UUAUGAUCCUCUCCCUAGCUGCAGCCAUGAGCAGCAGUGGCCUUCCCCAGAACACUACUUCCUCUGCAACCUUUGACCCCUCAUCCCUUGACCCCUGGCUUGACCCCUACCCUGACCUCCCCGGGGUCAACUCCUCCUUCGCUGUCCCCGUCCGCACCUCCACAUCCGACCUUGACCUACGACCUCUGACCACACCCCAGGUUAGUCAUGAUGUCAUCCAGUUUUGUGUACGUGUAUAUUCUGGUUGAUUUUAUAGCUUUUUAAAAAUGUUGCUGACUAUGUGAAGUAACUUUGGGUAUUUUGAAAACGUAUUACUAUUAUUGUUGUCAUCAACAGGAUGUCAACCCAUGGGACGUGGCAUUAUGUGUCACAGGAACUCUCAUCUCCUGCGAGAAUGCUCUGGUCAUUGCUGUCCUGUUCUACACGCCGACCCUUCGAGCUCCUAUGUUCAUCCUGAUUGGUUCGCUGGCGUUCGCCGACCUCCUGGCGGGUCUCGGACUCAUCCUAAACUUCGUCUUCACCUAUCUGGUCAAGGGAGAGGUUGUGACCUUGGUUUCCACAGAGAUACUCAUCAUGGCGUUCACUGCGUCCAUUUUGAAUAUCCUGGCAAUCACUGUGGACAGGUACGAUGACAUUGUAGUUCUCUUUAUGUUGUAUUUCUGAUUACUAUAAUUGCGGCGAUGCAACUGUGUAGGGGGAAGUUGCCCCUAGACAAUGAUCUUGGGUCAGUUUUACAUUUCUCCCACUAAUGGUUAAGGUUAGGACUUGGUGAGGGGAAGCUGAUCCUAGAUCUGUACCUAAGGGAAACUAGACACUAGCCACUAGCCCUGUAGCUCAACUAGUGCAUGAGUAAAACAUAGACUGGAAUUCUGAGUGUAUCGGUUCUCACUAUGAUGAAAACAUGGACUGGUCUUAAGUAAUCAGUUAUCAGUAUGAGUAAAACAUGUUUUGGAAUAGUGAGUGUGCCAAUGAAAACAUGGACUGGACUGACAGUAAUGUUCACUCCAUUACAGGUACCUGUCGCUCUACAACGCGUUGACCUAUCACACCGAACGGACUGUCCUCUUCACGUACCUGGUGGUAGGGCUCAUCUGGUUGGUGGGUCUGAUCCUUGGAGUCCUCCCCGCCCUCGGGUGGAACUGUCUAGACGACGAAACGACCUGUAGCGUCUGCCGACCAGUCACGAAAUCCAACGCCGUUGCACUCGCCGUCUUCUUCCUAUUGGUCUUUGCAGUCAUGAUGCAACUCUACCUCCAGAUCUGUAGGAUUGCAUUCCGUCAUGCUCAGCAAAUCGCAGUCCAACAUCAAUUCCUUGCUAUUUCCACGACCAAGGGAGUCCAGACACUCUCUGUAAUUCUCUGCGCUUUCGCUAUGUGUUGGUUGCCAUUCGCAAUGUAUUCUAUAGUGGCGGACUCGAGUUAUCCUACAAUAUAUACAUAUGCCACUGUGCUGCCGGCGGCGUGUAAUUCAGUUAUAAAUCCAAUCAUAUACGCUUUUAGGAACCCGGAUAUACAGAAGGGGUUGUGGUUGGCGUGCUGUGGGUGUGUUCCGUCAAAUUUGAGUCUGAGACCGAGGGCGAGGACCUCCAGUGAUGUAUAGGGAACCUGGACAUACAGAAAGCUUGAUUAACUGGCCCGGAGUGUGCGGAGGAUGUUGCCAGGCCAGGCCAACUGGGAGAUGGGAAUGUCGAGCCCUGGAGAAGGGUUUCUGGCUGCGACCCCUCCAAACUCUCCCUCCCACCAUACAUCCAGUGAUGUAGAGGUAGGGGUGUUUGGGUCGUCAGAAGAAGGGGAUCUCCCCUCCUCCCCCCUUUCUCUAGGGAUGUGUUGACGUCAAGGCAAGAUGGCACCCCUCCUCGAACCUCUGACGAUGUAUAUGUUUGGGGUGUGGUGAGGUCAAAGUUCAAAGGUGACCAACAAGGCAAGGUCGACCCCCUCCUAGGACCUCCAAUCUCCAACAAUGUAUAGGUUUGGGGUACGGUGACGUCAGAGCAGGGUGGCAAGGAGAAAUGUGACCGACCCCACACCUCACCUGCCUAGGGCGGAGACCAGUGUUGGGUGAUGGGUGUGGCUCCCCCUAGUCAUACGUUGAGGAGGCAUGGACUGGACUGAGAAGGUCUGGGAUGCAUUGCCCUGGGCCUAGCCCUACCCAAGCCCACUGGAUAGAGAUGGUAGUAGUGGACUGUGACUGUGUGUGGGGCUGAGGUGAAACACUUAUAGGCCUCUGCAAUGCUUCUAGCGCAGAAGGUGAGCAUGAGUAGUGGAGAGCCUAGUAGGAGUUUGUUGGAAGAUGAUAAGGAGUCUUCGUAAACACAAGAUGAGCUAACUUACUUAUGAUGAGCAAACUAGCCGACCAUGGUAAUGUGUGUAAGGUUAGGGUACUACGACCUUGAGGUUUUCAGUGAGGUGUCAUUUGAGAGCUUCUUUAAAGCUAGAAUCCUUAGUACCUACAUCCAUUUUUGGACUUACAAAUUACUGAUAUAUACCCAUUGAUUAUUGAAGAAUAUAACUUAUGAAUGCUUCAUGAGCAUGGAUCAACUGUCGUACCCCAUCAGAAGCUUGUUUUACUUCAAUAGUUGUAAGCAAUGUAAAUGUAAGCAAACAUUGUAUAGCCUCAAAACAUGGUUAUAAUUAUUGAUAUCAUGGAUGGUCAGUCCUUGCAUCCAUACCUCUGUCCAUGAAUUUGAGAGUGGUUACAUUUCUCCAGGCCCAGCCCUCAACUUUUUACCAAAACUGAGGCGGGGUGCUGGCUUUGUUAUUGUUUUAAUUAAGGAUUCUAGCUUUAAACUAUCAUGCUUAAACUAUCAUGCCACAAUGAUCGUAUUGCAAAUGAUGACUAUACCCGGUAUUAGAACACCAAUAACAAUCGUUAGAACCAAGUCACAAGGCCAAACAAACAAAGGCAAUAUGAACUCUGACUCAUGUUUACCAUUAGAGAAAAAACAUACAUUUUUAGAAAAGCCCAAACCUCUCAAGAAUUCCCUUAUUUCCCAUUGCUAUCAACACAAAACAAACCAUAUCACUAAGCAUUAUGUUGUAUGUUGUAGGCCUACAUUUAGGAGGUAUAAAAAUAGAAUUACAGUACUAGAAUUCCUAGAAAUCUGAAUUUUCUACAGUUAUUAUCAUAUCAAGAAAUGCAUCUAAAACAUUCUAAACCCAUUUCAGCACCAUGGACUUCGCCUAGCGAAUCAAACCACUGUCACCCAGCACUGAGAGCUAAUUUCAGCACCAUGGAUAGCGACCGUGUAGCCAACGCUCCUAGUCCCUAUUAGCCACUGAUCUAAGGUCAGUUUUGCAUUUUCCCAUUUACUGGUUAAAGUUAGAAUUCAGGAAGUGUAAUCUGAUCCUCGAUUCGUGUCUAAGCCAAGGGAAAUUCUACCCUUGGAGCCAGCUAUUCAGGCCGUUGUUUUCACAUGUCUCAUUUGUUGUAGGGUUUAAUAAUGCAUUAUAAAACAGGACUGGCGUUGAGAGAAAGAGAGAGCACAGCCCCGUGAGUUUUAGAUUAACACGAUCUUCCCAGGCAGACAGAGAGAGAGAUGACAAUAUGUGUGUCACAGCCGACGGCUCGUGUUCCCAGAAGCUUUGGCUGAGUUCCAUAAUGACGUAAUGGGUUCUACCGUUCUAAAUGUUGCGAAGGGUUCUAAAUGAUAGCAGAUGGAGAUGACUGUUGGAGGUGUCUGUUUGUCUGUCAUUUCUGGCAAUUAGCCUAUUAGAAUAGUGUGACAUGCAAUCAUAACAAUUAAUAUACAUCUGAAUUAGAUGUAUAAUUUGAUUCAUUUGAUAUCAUUAAUGGAGUUACAUUUGAAUUUAAACUAUUGAAAACUUAGUGCACGUAGGUUUAAAAGCCUUGAUUCAGGCAGGCAAGUUAAACAAUAAUGAUUGAUCAACAUCCGUCUGUCAAACGACAAUGUAAACAGUAUAUUGAUUAUGUCAGGUGAACAGACAUCGAUCCAAAUCCGAUAGGGUGUCUAUCAAUAAGAUGGCGAUGCAUGGACGACACAGCACUAGACAACAACAGAACACCAGAACGUAGCCUGAAACACAAAACCAACAUUACACCACAUAGGCUCUGGGUUCCAUAUUCAUUAUUUUAUUGGCCUAUAUACCCCUAAUUUCCCCUCUCCGUAUCUAGGUCUCUACACAAGCUUCAAAUCACACAUUCCCUCUCGGCUCUGCAUCUCUGGAUGUCUGCAAUAGAGGGAAGCUGAUGUGUCAUAGGUGGUUAGUAAGGCGAAGAGACGAGGAGAGGAAGCAAAUUAAUACUAUUAGGAUGUAGCCCCAAACUCCAAAUGAAACAGAAAUUGAGAUUACACUUUCUUAAAAAUCUUUCUGAUUAGCAAACAUGUUUGUUUGUCAUCAAACAACUAGGAUUUUGCAACUGUAUCCACUGUACUGUAAAAACAACAACAAUUGUAAAAGACUACUGUGGCCUAUGUGAUGUGCCAGCCAUUGGGUCUAUCUAUAGGUCAAUGGAGAGCUGGCUGUCUUAUGAGGGUAAGAGUUUAGCCUAUAGAGCUUGGUGUUUAAAAAUGACUAAAUGAAGGCAAACUGUACAGAAAUAUUUUUAUAUUGUCAAUGAGUCACCGUCACUAUUCAAGGGUAUAUCACAAUUCAACGCUUUUACCAAAAAGAAAAUGUAUCAAAAACAAACAACAAAAAUAUAACAAAAUAACUCUCAUAAUGGCACACAUACAGAACUGGAGAACUUCCUUAUAAAAUGAUGAUGGCAUUUUUCUACAUUGUAAAGUGCUGUUUUUUCUAUUGUUUUCUAUUCAGUGGGAUUGACGACCAAAAACAAUCACGCUUUCGCGGUUAGGCUGUGUCCCAAAUGGCACCCUGUUCCCUAUAUAGUGCACUACUUUUGACCAGAGCUGUAUGGGCCCUGCAAAAUAGUGCACUAUAUAGGGAAUAGGAAGCCAUUUGGGAUGGGUCGUUGGUGUAGUUAGGCAAUGAAUGCAAAACCCAAUUCACCAAUUCUUUGAAAAUGCAGAUUCUGUAACUAACUGUUAUUUUGGCCUUAUUGUACUAACCUAACUUUGCAAUAAUGUUUAAUGUGCUUGUAGUGGCUAAAAUGACUCCUACAGUAUUACUUACUACUGUGUACAGGUCAAUAUCAAACAGCUACAAUCGAGAGAGUGGGAACUGGACCUACUGGCAGAUAGAAUCCAUUCAAAUCAAACUCUCACUACCUUCAACUUUCAACAAUAAAAAAUAGACAUAAAUAUUGGUUAGCAUAUAUCAACAUAAACCAUCAUUUUUGACCACCAUAUGACCGAUUAUAGAUCUAGAUGUAUUACCUCCUUGUGUCAGCCUUUAAAUGCACAAGACAACAGGUGUAUAUUGGGGUCUGCUGUGUACUCCUCUGUCUUGGGGUGUAUUAACUAAGAACUAAACAGAACCAAACGAAGGCAGAAGCAAACGGGGAGGGACAUACUUGAAUUUGUCCAAUAGAAACCCUCGUAUUUGUUGCAAAAUGUUUUACGCAUUUUCUACCGUUUGCGACUAAUGAAUACACCCCUGGUCACUCUCUGAUGGAAACAUGCGUAACCACGGUGGUGAACACGCAGAACUCUUAUGUGUUCUUUUGUGAGGUGCGUCCUCCAAUGUCAUUGAAUCCCAUUUGUGAAUAUACCACUCUGUCAUGCCUAUAGAACAGGGGUGGGACUACUGAGCACCGUGUGUGUGUGUGUGUCACCCCCUGGUUCAUAUUGCCAAUACUGUAUUGUAUGUGAUGUAAGAAAAAAACAGACACUGUAAACAGGAGAUGGUCAGGCUCCUUUCCUGGAGGGCUGCAGCACAUCUGUGGCCUGUUCAUUUGGGCACGCAACGGAAGACGUUAUAAAACCUUUUGCAAAAGAAAAUGAAAGUGUUUCUUGUUGGAAAAGUCCAGGUAGUUCCUUCUAGUUUCAGUCCAUUUGGUGCCUAACGAUCACGACCCAGCUGAUCCUCAUCAUUGACUUUCUAUUAGUGUCUUGAUUUACACAUGGGAAACCAGGUGUGAGCACUUUAUUGCCAAUCAGUGAUGUUAAUUGGUUAAUUGGUCAAUUAACAGAAAAAUGGAAACUACAGCGGACACUGUGGCCCUCCAGGAUAAAAGCUUCACUCUCUUAUGGAUAAACACACCAAGAUGGGUCAUACAUACUGCUGUAGGCAUAUCUUUAGAAAGAGAUUAUAUUAAUUAUAUUUCUAUAUGCUCAACACAGUCUCUUCAGGAGGGAAAAGGAGUGUGGUUAUUUUUCUUAUGCAAUGCUGUACAGAAACUUAUAUUUUUAUAUUCGUCAUCAGGGCAUGAGUUUAAACAAACAUGGUUGUUACAGUGUGUGCGACUUGUGUGUGCGUAUUAUCAAUGGUCAAAAUAAUUUUCUUGAAACAAUGUGUGUUGGAUUAUGCUAAAAAGUGCCAUAUUUCUUACCUAUUACUGGUGUCUUAUUUUGGUUGAUGUAUUACAUGUAUUGAUCAUGUAUGUGUUUGUCUCAUGUAUUUCAAGGUAAAGGCAUUCACGAGCUAUGAAAAAACAUGACAGCCUAUCACAAGCUAUGAAAAAAGAUGAUAGCCUAUCACGAGCCAUGAAAAAACAUUAUAACCUAUCACGAGCUAUGAAAAAAAACGACAGCCUAUUACGUCUGAUCUUGUGUAGAGAUUAUAUAUAAAGGAUAAUAUCGCUAAAACCAAACUGAUCUAGGAUCAGCUACCCCCCCGUCCCCCCCAAUCCCAACCUAACCAUAGGAGAGGAGAGCACUGAAAAAUUACCUUGAAAAUAUUAGCUAAAUAUGAGCAAAGAAAAACUGCAAUUGAGGACCUUUGUGGCAGCAGAAAUGGCCAAGAAAUAGUGUAUAUGUAUCAGUGCUCUGUGAAUAACAAUGUGGAAUAUAGGAGGAACCUAAACCCACAGGCAAUAUUCACCAGAGUAGAGCAGACACAUAAACAUGCCAUUCUGAGAGCACAUUGCCAAAAAAUACGUAUAUCAAUAUUACUCUAAAUAGGCCUAAUUAAGAUAUAAUACAAUCUUUAUUUACCCAUUAUACAGAGAACAGAAUAAGCAAGCUGGACUUACAUAAAAAUAAAACUAUUUAAAGGGGGGAAAAAGCAGCAACAAACGUCAUAUUGUCUAUCUGGUUACAGGUGACGUCAUUGCUGAGAAGAGAAGAGAGGAAAAGGUCAUUUCAAAGACACUUUCUAUCUGCUUCCCAAAUUGAACACUAUUCCCUAUAUAGUGCACUACUUUUGAUCAGGACCCACAUAGGGCUCUGGUCAAAAGUAGUGCACUACAUAGGAAAUAGGGUGCCAACAUAGUGCACUAUAUAGGUAAUAGGUUGCAAAUAUAGUGCAAUACAUAGGGAAUAGGGUGCCAUGUCAGACUGUGCUCCUCUCUCUGUAACAUUUCACAAAUCCUACCCAGAAAUAAAUCUGUCUCCAAACUAUAAAUAGCAAGCUGAAAGCGAAGGAGAAGAAAAAAAUUGUUUACCCCCUGAGCAACUUGAAAAUCCUCUCAUUGCUCCAUUAGACAAGAAGCUUCUCGCUCUCUUUAUCUGGCCUCUCUCUCUCUCUCUCUCUCCCUCCCUCCCUCUCCCCUUCCUUUCUCCUCAUCCUCUCUCCCCCUCCUCUCUCUCUCCUUCCUUCUUUCUCUCUGACAGAUCUGAGAAUAAUGUAAAGCUGGAUUCUGUUUCGAUUGCUUUUGCUGCUUUACAAAGGAACCCCACUAAACCUAAGCCACCUGCACUUAUGAGAAAAUGUGUGUGUGUGUGUGUGUGUGUGUGUGUGUGUGUGAAGCGCUUUCAGCACUUGGAGAAGCGUUAGGCUAUAUAAAUCCCAUUCGUGAAAACGUUACAUAUUGUCUAUAGCAGUACCUGAGAGCUAAACUUCACUGGGACCAUGUACGGUCUUCACAGAUUAAACAGUGUUUAUCGUGCAUUAUCGUUGUUUCUUGGGGUGUAUUCUAAUUUCCACUUAAGCCAAAGUUUUCACUUAGUCAUGCAUUGAUGUCAACAGGGGACUAAGUGAAAAUGCAAUUUAUGUAAGUGGAAGUUAGGAUUUGUCCCUCAUAGACUAAGGAAGUCAGGCCCUGAGCAAAGGACGUGAUUGGUUGAUGAUACUGUGAUGUAACAGAGCUAACAUCUUGUUAUUGUUCUUACUGGUUAUGUCCCAAAUGACUCCCUAUCUCCAAUAGAGAGCAAUAGUAAAAUGCCGUCUUUUUGUAGGGACUAACUCUGCCAUGGACAAAGCCUAUGGGUAAAUGAGUUUUUGUAGGGUUUUUGGAUAAACGCUGAAAAUAAAGGUAUGUGGUAAACACAGACAUAGGAGAUCUUAUACCUUUUGUUCUAUGAGAUAAUAAUUUUCAUCAGCUAACGUCACUUUUUGUGAAUUUUGAAGCAUUUAUGUAACCAAAAAAAGCACAUAAAACACAUAAAGGCUUCAAAAUUAAUAAAGGUCAUAUUAACUGACUGAUAUUAUCUCAUAGAACAAAACACAUAAGAUCUCCUAAGCCUGUGUUAACCAGAGACCUUAUUUUUGGCGUUUAUCCAAAACCACUAUUCUUUCCCCAUUCAUUUCCCAUUUAGGAAUGGCUGAACAAAACAGAUGUAACUCAUUUCUGGGAUUUAGGACUACAAGCUGGAGAGCUCUAUAAAGUGCACUACUUUUGAACAGAAAUAUUAGACUAUGUGGGGGAAUAGGGUCAUUUGUGACACAGUCCGAAUCAUGUUUUCAUUUUCUUAUUUGUAUCGUGAAAUAUCAAUGUGAAGAUGACAAAGUACAAUGCACUUUAUGGUUAUCUUCCAAAUGGCACCCUAUUCCCUAUAUAGUGCACUACUUUUGACUAGAGUCUUACUAAAAGUAGUGCACUACAUAGGUAAUAGGGUGCCAUUUGGGAUGCACAUUAUGAGUGGGACAUGUUACACAUUGCACUAUAAGUGUCGAAUGUAAAAUAAUACUAAUAUUGCUGACAAAUGAUUUAUUUUUUACUAUUGUAAAUAAAUUCAAGAAAUCAAAAGAAAAAACAGAAAAAACAAGGGAGAGUAAUUUGCCAAAUAAACUGAUAAAAACGAAAGAAGCUAAAUGAUUUUUGUGUGCUUGUUGAGUUGCUCUCUUGUACAUUUCACUGUCAAAUUAUUUAUCAAUGGUUGGGUCGAGCGCGUGUGUGUGCAGAUAUUCUACACUAUCUUGUCUAUGUGUUUGUGUGUGUGUGAGAAAGAGCAUGUGUGUGAAAUGUGCCUACGUGUCUCUGAGCAUGAUGAUAUACAGUGCCUUCAGAAAGUAUUCACACCCCUUGACUUUUUCCACAUUUUGUUGUGUUACAUCCUGAAUUUUUAAUUGGUUAAAUUAAGAUUUUGUGUCACUGGCCUAUACACAAUAUCCCAUAAUGUCCAAGUGGAAUAAUGUUUUCGCAAUGUUUACAAAUUAAUUACAAAUGAACAGCUGAAAUGUCUUCAGUCAAUCAGUAUUGAACCCCUUUGUUAUGGCAAGCCUAAAUAAGUUCAGGAGUAAAAAUGUGCUUAACAAGUCACAUAAUAGGUUGCAUGGAUUCACUCUGUGUGCAAUAAUAGUGUUUAACAUGAUUUUUGAAUGACUAACUCAUCUCUGUACCCCACACAUACAAUUAAUUAUCUGUAAGGUCCCUCAGUCGAGCAGUGAAUUUCAAACACAGAUUCAACCACAAAGACCAUGGAGAUUUUCCAAUGCCUCGCAAAGAAGGGCACCUAUUGGUAGAUGGGUAAAAAAAAAGCAGGCACUGAAUAUCCCUUUGAGCAUGGUGAAGUUAUAAAUUAACAUAAACACAUUUAGCAUCUCCAAGCUUCCAUGCAUAGCCUACAAGUCACUGAUGCAUACCUUUGGAACAUCUACAUUUAAAAAAGUCUAAUAAAUCCAUGUAAUAUAGCCUACACCGUCACAAUUAAUCAAUUAUUUAUUUUAGACAGGUCUAAAGAAACAUGAUAUGAAGAAAAUGUAGUCUAUUUCAGAAGAACAGAAUAGCAUACUCUGCAUUGUCCUUAUGUUAGGCCCUGAUCUGGCUAUGCCAUAUGGCUGUGGGCUACACUAGUUCAUUUAGCAGACAAGAUUUGCUUAGAAUUCAGUGGCACUAUUUUAUAUUAUUUUAUAGUAUGAAGAAUGCAACUGAACAUAGCUGAAUAAAAUAGAAAGGAUAGUUUCUCCAAACGAUUUGAGGGAGUGCGCACAUGCGGCUAUUUUGUGUUGAGCGGUUAACAAAGAAACAGGUACUCCUAUAUGCUUAAUUUAGAGUUAUUUAUGUAACUUUAGUUGUGAUAAAAAUGUUGGGCUAUUUGUUUUGAUUUUAAUACAUUCUAAGGCUGCAUGAUGCGACUCUAAGGAUGAUUUGAAAAAAGUUGCAUGAAAGGCAUGAGUUCUGCUUUGAUUUUUGAGCAGGCUGUACACACUUCAUCAGUCUUUCAUUCACAAUUUGACAAGCACUUGAUAAUGCCUCAAAUUUCCCAGCUGCAUCCACUUUGUGUGGCCAUAAUCCCCCUAAAAAAAUCAAUGCCUUUUGUGGCCAGUGGCCAUUGUGCCCUUGGGCUGAAUAUAAAAAUGAUAAUUCCCUUCUCCCCGCUGCGUGCCGAAGCACCUCUCACUCUCAUGGCUCUCAGUCACGUGAUCGGGUCUUUCUCACAGGCUACAAGUGAAGAGACACAUCUGGGACGCAACUGCGCAUGUCCUUAUCCAAUUCUGAGGCACAUAUUGAAGAUGUUAGAAGAACUGACCACAUUUACUUUUCGUCAGCCAACAAGAUGAGUAGGCCUGACGAACAGCAAAAGCACUAGCCUAUGUCAAUUUACUAUCCCCCAUAGUAGGAAGUUGACCUAUUCUAUUCUGUGUGAGAAAUAAAUAUUCCAAACAUAGUCCGGGACAGUUGUGGGAUGCGAUAGAUCCCAUUAAUACAUCCACUAGCAUCAAAAAAAGGUGCAUUUCUAUGGUGAAAAUGAUCUUGCCCAAACUUGAAACUCACGCGCUGCGUAUGUAUGCCAGUUAGGCUCUACACCCAUUGUAAAGCGGAUUAAUGUGCUUCAUUUUAAGAAGUUAUUUGGCCACUUUAGUUGUGAUACAAACCUUAUCAAAACAUACAGGCCAAUUGUCUAGGCUACAUGAGGUGUGCGACUUUGAUUUGAAAAAACCCAAAGAAAAACAUGCGCUGUUUGCCUUCAGCUGGACAUCAUUCACAAGUGAUAAUAUAUAAUUCACAAGUGAUAGGCUAAUAUUGUCACCCAUCACACUAUUCUUGAUUUAAUCUUGUCUUUACAUAUAUUAAAUAAUAUAUGUCAUCUAUGCACUUAAAUAGCGAAUAGAGGACGCUUUUCCCGUGGUUCAUUUUCAUGCCAGCCAGGUAGGCUAUACUCCUGUUGUAAAGAGAAGCAAUGUGCUUAAUAUUAGGAAGGUUGAGAAAUAAAUAUAGUAAGCUUGAAAAUGGCUGCCUAGCAAUGAUCAACAACCAACUUGACAGAGCAUGAAGAAUUUUAAAAUGAAUAAUGUGCUAAUAUUGUACAAUCCAGGUGUGCAAAGCUCUUAGACGCUUACCCAGAAAGAGGGGAUUCUAACAUGUAUUGACUCAGGGGUGUGAAUACUUAUGUAAAUGAGAUAUUUAUGUAUUUCAUUUUCAAUAAAUGUGCAAACCUUUCUAAAAACAUGUUUUCAUUUUGUCAUUAUGGGAUAUUGUGUUUAGAUGGGUGAGAUUUUGGGGGGAUUUAAUCCAUUUUGAAUUCAGGCUGUAACACAACAAAAUGUGGAAGAAGUCAAGGGGUACUUUCUGAAGGCCCUGUAAAUAAAUGUGUGUGUGAUCGUACGUGCAUGUCUAUAUGUAAGCAUGUCCUACGUGUGAUUUCAGUUUGUGUGUGUGUGUGUGUGUGUCAGUCUGUGUAAAGGAAAUGUAUUGAGCAUUAAAAGGGCUGGUGAUAAAUUAUAGCAAAACUCUCACUGGUUACGUCCCAAAUGGCACCCCACACCCCCCUUGGCAUUUUUCCUAUUUUGUUGCCUUACAACCUGGAAUUAAAAUGGAUUUUUGGGGGGUUUGUAUCAUUUGAUUUACAUAACAUGCCUACCACUUGGAAGAUGUAAAAUAUUUUGUUUUGUGAAACAAACAAGAAAUAAGACAAAAAAACGGAAAACUUGAGCGCGCAAAGUAAAUACUUUGUAGAGCCACCUUUUACAGCAAUUACAGCUGCAAGUCUCUUGGGGUAUGUCUCUAUAAGCUUGGCACAUCUAGCCACUGGGAUUUUUGCCCAUUCUUCAAGGCGAAACUGCUCCAGCUCCUUCAAGUUGGAUGGGUUCCGCUGGUGUACAGCAAUCUUUAAGUCAUACCACAGAUUCUCAAUUGGAUUGAGGUCUGGGCUUUGACUAGGCCAUUCCAAGACAUUUAAAUGUUUCCCCUUAAACCACUUGAGUGUUGCUUUAGCAUUAUGCUUAGGGUCAUUGUCCUGCUGGAAGGUGAACCUCCGUCCCAGUCUCAAAUCUCUGGAAGACUGAAACAGGUUUCCCUCAAGAAUUUCCCUGUAUUUAGCGGCAUCCAUCAUUCCUUCAAUUCUGACCAGUUUCCCAGUCCCUGCCGAUGAAAAACAUCCCCACAGCAUGAUGCUGCCACCACCAUGCUUCACUGUGGGGAUGGUGUUCUUGGGGUGAUGAGAGGUGUUGGGUUUGCGCCAGACAUAGCGUUUUCCUUGAUGGCCAAAAAGCUCAAUUUUAGUCUAAUCUGACCAGAGUACCUUCUUCCAUAUGUUUGGGGAGUCUCCCACAUGCCUUUUGGCAAACACCAAAUGUGUUUGAUUAUUUUUUUCUUAAAGCAAUGGCUUAUUUCUGGCCACUCUUCCGUGAAGCCCAGCUCUGUGGUGUGUAUGGCUUAAAGUGGUCCUAUGGACAGAUACUCCAAUCUCCGCUGUGGAGCUUUGCAGCUCCUUCAGGGUUAUCUUUGGUCUCUUUGUUGCCUCUCUGAUUAAUGCCCUCCUUGCCUGGUCUGUGAGUUUUGGUGGGCGGCCCUCUCUUGGCAGGUUUGUUGUGGUGCCAUAUUCUUUCAAUUUUUUUAUAAUGGAUUUAAUGGGGCUCUGUGGGAUGUUCAAAGUUUCGUAUAUAUUUUUUAAAUAACCCAACCCUGAUCUGUACUUCUCCACAAAUUUGUCCCUGACCUGUUUGGAGAGCUCCUUGGUCUUCAUGGUGCCGCUUGCUUGGUGGUGCCCCUUGCUUAGCGGUGUUGCAGACUCUGGGGCCUUUCAGAACAGGUGUACAUAUACUGAGAUCAUGUGACAGAUCAUGUGACACUUAGAUUGCACACAGGUGGACUUUAUUUAACUAAUUAUGUGACUUCUGAAGGUAAUUGGUUGCACCAGAUCUUAUUUAGGGACUUCAUAGCAAAGGGGGUGAAUACAUAUGCACGCACCACUUUUCUGUUAUUUAUUUUUUAGAAUUUCUUGAAACAAGUUCUUUUUUUCAUUUCACUUCACCAAUUUGGACUAUUUUGUGUAUGUCCAUUACAUGAAAUCCAAAUAAAAAUCCAUUUAAAUUACAGGUUGUAAUGCAGCAAAAUAGGAAAAGGGGGAUGAAUACUUUUGCAAGGCACUGUAUAGGGUACCUAUAUAUGUUCCUUGUUUUACUAUCAUUGUGGGGACUUUGGGAAUUUCCGGUACCCACGCCACGAGGAUAGUAAUACAAGCACACAUACACACACGUUUGGUUUACUAUCCUUGUGGGGACCAAACAAUUGAUUCCCAUUCAAAAUCCUGUUUUACCUAACCCUUAACCCUAACCCUAACUAUAACCCUAACCCAAAAACACCUAUGCCUAAAAUUGCCUUUUUCCUUGUGGGGACCGGCGAAAUGACUUCUGGUCCCCACAACGAUAGUAAAACCAAAAACACACACACACACACUAAAUAAGAGAUUUGAUAGCUAGCUACAGAGUGGUGCAGCUCUGUCUCACCAUAAGUUGUGACGCAGUAGUGACGCAGAAGGUUGGGGGAGAGGACAGAGAGACCACUGUCGGCACAAACACCUAAACAAACACGCACGUAUGCACACACACACACACACACACACACACACCUCUACCUAGGCUAGGAGUGAGGCGGAGAGAGAGGAGGGCAUGGGGAGAUAAUUCCUAUGCUAGCCAGACUCCUUGACUCACAUCUGCAGAGGUCUCCUACAGAGAGAAGCAGGUCCCCACUGUGGCCAGAUGAAGGAAGUGCAGGUACAGGCACGAGGACACUGUAGAGCUGGGAAAUACUCAGGCAGGCAGGCCCAUCCACCCACAGACAUUGGCUAAAUCCCAAAUCACCCCCUUCCCCUCGCCCCUCUGCCCUCCAUUUGCAUGUUCACUCGCGCCUCCACCAUAUGCACAAGUGUCCCAAAACUGAGGGAGUGAAAAUGAUCGAGGGUGUAGGGGCUAAUUAGUCUCACUGCAGAAUUAGACAAUUAAUCCACGUUAACAAAGCGUAAGAUUGAGAAGUUGCUCCAAACUUCCAGUGUUGUGUAUUCAUGGAUGCCAAGGGAAGCCAGGAUUCCCCAUUUUUUUUUACAAAAAUAUAAAAUAAAAACAAAUACUAAUUUAUCUUUCGUCUUUCUGUGUAUCAUAAUUUCCCUUCAAUUCGCAAGCGGCUGAAUUUAUCUCACAGGAGAUAGCAUCCGAGCGAGCGAAAUAGCACCCCUCUGUCUCUCUACGUGUAGGCCAUCUAUCUGCUGCUGUCUGGUCCAAAUGAGUAUGACAUUGUUGCCACCUGUAGCAUUCAAGGCAAGGGAAGCCAGCGAGCAUUUGGCCUCCCUUGUCAAAAAAAGUAUAACAAAUUUGCCAAUCAGCGUUGAGCUAAACUGAGUGAGCUCAACUGUGAAUGGUCCUGGUGCACCAAAAAAAAGGUGUCAAGGGAAGCCAGUUUUGAUUUGGCGUCACUCCUAUCAAAUCCCAUUGAGAGCAUACGUCAUUGACAGAAAAACUUGAAUUGUUGCAUUUCGUUGUGUUGCUAGACAGCUGGCAAAAAUUGUCCCUUUCCUAAAUUAGCCAUGGAUGGAGAUAGGGAUUUGGACUUGUGGUUUUACUUAAUUCUCCGGUAAUUCUAACGGCGAUUCUGAUCCAACCAUUAAUUCAUACAUUGUUGUGCCCCUGGCCUGACAAGAUGGAAGUUCAAUAUGUAGCUAAAUGUAGAAGGCUAAUGUUAACUAGUUAAUGUUGCCCAUGAAUGGAAGUUAGGCUAGCGAGCAAGCAUUUUAGCCAGGUAGCCUAGGACAACAAAAAAUAAAAGUGUGUACUGUAUGACAGACUGAUAGUCAGUUUCAUCAACAUGAACGAGAGGAGGAUGGCAUUGGCGUUUCUCUACAAGUAGGGUGAGUCAACAUGUUUUUCUAUUUGCACGAACGCGCACACACACGCACGCAGAAAUCAGAACCAUGGACAGCCACAUCCUAUUUAGCUUACGUUGAUUGGACUAAAUAGUUUUUUGCAUCUUUUAGUUGUCACUGUCUUAGACUAAGCAGAGGUGAUUUGCUAAAGUUGAAAUGGUGCUGGCUUGGCUUCCCCAGUGAAUUUACCCACGCACCGCUAUUGCAAAUUUCAAAGUGUUUUUGUUGUUCCUGCUGCUCUGUAUCAUUCCAUUUCUCCAAACAUCAAAUUUCUAAAUUAAGGGUUAAGUUUAGGCACUUAUUCCGAAUGGUUAAGAUAAGGGUUAAGGUUUGAGAUAGCGUUAAAAAGUGUUCAGAGGUUUAUGGGUUUAUUGAUCCCCUCACCACUCUCUGGAAGUCACCCUCUGAGUUUUUAGCAACAUGUGACAAUGGCUAAUCUCUUGUGGACAGAUUACAUAAACAUAAAUGGUACCGUAGAUCUGUCAUGAUACAAUGGGAUGCGUGAGAUAACGAGCAGCAUUAGUUCCGGUGCUUUGGACAAAUCACAAUUUAGCAGUUGUUAGCAUCUUUCGAGUUUCUGAAGGGGAGGGGACAUUUGGUCCAUAGACUUGCCUGUAACUUGCAAAGAGAGAGGGUAAAGCUCUUCGUUCUGGCUCAGAUCCUCAUUCUAUCUCUUCUUCUAACACAUAUGGACCCAGAAUUUAAUGGAGCAUCUGACCAAUUACACAAAACUUUAGUUCUGGGUUAACCGAGAUUAUUCACAGACUAACUCUACCUCUAUUUCUCUCUGUCUGUCCCUCUCUUUCCCCCUCUCUUAUAUUUACGUCUCUACCUCUCCCUCCCUAUCAUUCUCUACCCCCCUGUGGUCAUAUGAGGGAAGUGCAGAUACAGGCAGGGAGAUGCCAGAGACCUGGGAAAUACGCACAUUCACCGCCCACACAAUCUCCAAACCCCUCCACCCCCACACACUAGCUCUACCUCUAUCCCUCUUUUUCUCACUCUCUGACAAACCCAAUACACGUUGGUAUUCAUUUCCUAUUUUUCUCUCUUGCAGUCGUCGCCCACACCACCAACACUCUUUCUUUCUUUCUUUCUUUCUUUCUUUCUUUCCCACUCUUUCACAGCAGAUACCCCAUUCUCUUUCCCUCCUCUUUCCCCCUUUUCUUUCUCUCACUCUACUUUCUCGAUUGAGUCAGAGAACUAACUCCUCCGUCUGUAGCAGGGUGCUGUGUGUGUUUGAGUGUGUGUGCAUGCGUGUGUGUGUGGAGCGCCUCCGUGUGUUAGAUAGCACAGGAGGUGAUUAUAUCACUACCUCUGUACCACUGAGUCACGGGCCACACACACACACACACACCUUAUGACCCUUCUGUGAUCAACUCAAUAACCCUGGAAAUGAAUAAUCAGUGACCCCCCUCCUUAUCCCUAAUCUUAGUAUGGACCUGGGUACUUCCAGGAAUUUAACCAGAACGAACCACCGUGACACAGACAGGGUUAACACAAUGAUGCAGACUAUUAUGACAUAAUACAGUGACAUCCGAAGAGGGCCCAUAGGGUCUGGUCUAAAGUAGUGCACUACGUAGAGAAUAGGGUGCCAUUUCGGACAUAUCCAGUGUCAUAUUUCUAUCUCUUCGUGACAAACAUUAUGAGGAGACUAUAAAAUAUAGUGACUCAUUGUUAAAGAUGAUGUGGCCAUUUUGGAUGAUGAAGCCACUGAACCCUGUUUUAAUGAUGGAAGGACAUGCCUGCCAAAUACCAUUCAUCAAAUACUAGAGUAAGUUCAGGAGAGCUAUUUUCUGUCUUUUUUCUUUCUCUAUUUUCUCUCUCAAUAAAAAGGUGGGUUACUGUUUAAUGACAGUGUCAUAUUUCUCACUCUUUGUGAUGAUGAAGAUGUGGCCAUGUUUGAUGAUGAAGCCACUGAACCCUGUUGUAAUGCCUGCCAAAAAACAUCUAUCAAUAGGCAGGUUUCCAUUGAACCAGGUUUAUUCUACAAAAGCAAUGUCGCAACAAAAAAACAUUGCUACAUGUGUAAUCAACAACAUUUCUAUCUGUUCGACAGAAGUUGAUUUAUUAUUUUGUCAAACUAUCCUUAUUGCGACAAAUUAUGAUGGAAACAGUGUUUUUAAAAUAAAUUAUGAUUUUAAAAUAAUUUUGAAGGUAAGCAGGACAUGUGAUGUUAUCACGUAACUAUAAAGCGCCACUCCACAUUUAAUUCUAAAUGCCUACUGCUGGCUAAAUCAUAAAAAAAAAAACUAUCAAAAUAGUUUCUUUGCAGGACAAGGAUUGUCCAGACUUUCAAGUCAAGAAUGCCUGAAUUGCUUUGCCUUGCUUUUCUGGUUGGCUGGAUUCAAGUUUCACCAUCAAAUUAUUUAUUUUAUAAUUGAAUAAUAAUUAUUUUCUUUUAUUAUCUACAGGACAGCAAAAAGUUAAGUUUCACCAUGGCACGGAAAAUUGGCUAUAUCGUAAAAAUCCAUGAAAACAAAAAUGUAACUUAAGGUUAGGGUUAGGCAUAAAUGUUUGGAGUGUGGUCAAGGUUAGGGUUAGGGGGGCUUCCCGAGUGGCGCAGCGGUCUAAGGCACUGCAUCGCAAUGCUUGCUACAGACCCGGGUUCGAUCCCAGGCGACCAGGAGACCCAUGAAGCGGCGCACAGUUGUCCGGGUUAGGGGAGGGUUUGGCUGGCCAAGAUAUCGUGCUCUAGUGAGUCCUUGUGGCGGGCCGGGUGCAUACACGCUGACUUCGGUCGCUAGUUGUAAGGUGUUUCCUCCGACAAAUUGGUGCGGCUGGCUUCCGGGUUAAGCGAGCAGCUGGGUCGUGUUUCAGAGGAUGCAUGGCUCUCGACCUUCGCCUCUCCCGAGUCCGUACGGGAGCUGCAGCGAUGGGACAAGACUGUAACUACCAAUUGGGGAGAAAAAGGGGUAAAAUAAAAAUGUAAUGCCAAGAGUGUGCAAAGCUGUCAACAAGGUAAAGGGUGGGUAUUUGAAAAAUAUAUUUUGAUUUGUUUAACACUUUUUUGGUUACUACAUGAUUCCAUAUGUGUUAUUUCGUAGUUUUGAGGUCUUCACUGUUAUUCUAAAAUGUAAAAAAUUGAAAAAAUAAAGAAAUAGCAUUGAAUGAGUAGGUGUGUGAGGUGAGGUAUGUCUUCUCUAGCGGGAGGUAAGCUUGGCUUCUUAUAUGGUGUCGAGUAAAGCUUAAACCAUAUAUUUAGAUUGUAGGUAGGUAUUGUAGUUAGGUAUUGUAGGUAGUUUAUCUAGGUAGUUAUUGUAGGUAAGUAUUGUAUUCGGCUGAGCCCGGUGAAGCACGAGACUAGCUAACCCACCUGGACCAAUAAAGCUAGCUAGCUAGCGGGUAGCUACUGGUAACUAUUAGCAACUGUGGAUAGUUGUUUCCAAUGUUAUUUCACGCUUAAGAGUACCUGUAAUUAUGCCAGCUAGCUACCUACCAUUCAGCUGUUUUUCUAACCUCAAUAUCUGAAGCGUUAACGUUAGGUAGUUAGUAGCUACUGUACUCGAAAUAUAGCUAGUUUGUUGCUACCUGGAUAGCUAACUAAACAAUAGCUGGAACGACCUACUAGCUGCAAUAUUUGGAGACGCUUUCUCUCCGUUGGGACAGACGCGAACUGGCUGAAUCGUUUCAGUGGCUAGCUUUACACAUAACUGGCUAACAGUAGCUACUAAGGGUAAGUUAUAACCUACAUUUAUUUUUGUUUUGUUUUUACAUACUGGUAACAAGAGUCGUUCGAGGGAAUUCGGGACAUGGGUGACUAGUUAACGUUAGCUUGGCUCUCUCUGUGUGUUUCGUGCCGUCGGAGGAGGAGUGGUUCGUUGGCAGAGAGCAAUGGCUAGCUAGUAUGCUAACUAUUCUAGCUAACUAACUGGCUGAACAAGUUGACGACGUACUCACUCAAACUGUAAAAACUAACCCAAAACUUUACACAACGUUAGACACGGACACGAAUGAUCUGUUUGGCGUUUUAACACACUGGUUUGUUGUAACCGAGUAUUGGUGCUAAACUGUGUUAUUGGAGGCUGGCAUGCUAGUUGGCUAUGGCGUCAUAGGAUUCGGUUCCCUGGAUGGUUUUCAUGGAAGAAUACUGUAUCAAGUUAGCUAGCUGAAUAAACUAAGUUAGAGUCUAUUCCUAGAAAACAUUGAACCGCUGUAGUUUACAACAAUUAUAAUUUCUAGUUGGGAGAGUUAUUUUUGAGUGUUUCAGUGAAACGUAAGUGAGGGAGGCCCCGCUCUCUUGCUUUCCCAGAUGUUUAGUUCAUUUCAUUCCAAUCUCCUUUGCAUUAUUGUAGCCUUUUUCUGUAGCCUGUCAACUAUGUGUCUGUCCAUCCCUGUUCUCUCCUCUCUGCACAGGCCAUACAAACGCUUCACACCGCAUGGCUGCUGCCACUCUAAUCUGGUGGUCCAGGUCUCCGGCAGCCUCUGGAACUGCCGUUCUGUGGCCAACAAGGCAGAGUUCAUCUCAGCCUAUGCUACCCUCCAGUCCCUCGACUUCCUGGCGCUGACAGAAACAUGGAUUACCACAGAAAACACUGCUACUCCUACUGCUCUUUCCUCGUCUGACCAUGUGUUCUCGCAUACCCCGAGAGCAUCUGGUCAGCGCGGCGGUGGCACAGGAAUCCUCAUCUCUCCCAAGUGGACAUUCUCUCUUUUUCCCCUGACCCAUCUGUCUAUCUCCUCAUUUGAAUUCCAUGCUGUCACAGUCACUAGCCCAUUCAAGCUUAACAUCCUUGUCAUUUAUCGCCCUCCAGGUUCCCUUGGAGAGUUCAUCAAUGAGCUUGACGCCUUGAUCAGUUAUUUUCCUGAGGAUGGCUCACCCCUCACAGUUCUGGGUGACUUUAACCUCCUUACGUCUGCCUUCGACUCAUUUCUCUCUGCCUCCUUCUUUCCACUCCUUUCCUCUUUUGACCUUACCCUCUCACUGUCCCCCCUACUCACAAGGCAGGCUUGACCUCAUCUUUACUAGAUGCUGUUCUUCUACUAAUCUCACUGCAACUCCCCUCCGACCACUAGUCUCCGACCACUACUUUGUAUCCUUUUCUCUCUCGCUCUCCUCCAACACUACUCACUCUGCCCUACUCCGAUGGUAAUGUGCCGUCGCAACCUUCGCUCUCUCUCUCCCCCGCUACUCUCUCCUCUUCCAUCCUAUCAUCUCUUCCCUCUGCUAAAUCCUUCUCCCUCCGAUCUCCUGAUUCUGCCUCCUCAACCCUCCUCUCCUCCCUUUCUGCAUCUUUGCCGGCUCGGUCGUCCCCUCCUGCUCCGUGGCUUGACGACUCACUGCGAGCGCACAGAAGAGGGCUCCGGGCAGCCGAGCGGAAAUGGAGGAAAACUAGACCUGUCAUCUUUUCACUCCCUCCUCUCUACAUUCUCUUCCUCUGUUUCCGCUGCUAAAGCCACUUUCUACCACUCUACAUUUCAAGCCUCUGCCUCUAACCCUAGGAAGCUCUUUGCCACCUUCUCCUCCCUGCUGAAUCCCCCUCCUCAUCCCCCUCCCUCAAUGUGGACGACUUCGUCAACCAUUUUGAAAAGAAGGUUGACGACAUCCGAUCCUCAUUUAUUAAGUCAAAUGACACCGCUGGUCCUGCUCACACUGCCCUACCCUAUGCUUUGACUUCUUUCUCCCCUCUCUCUCCAGAUGAAAUCUGCGACUUGUGAUGGCCGGCCGCCCAACAACCUGCCUGCUUGACCCUAUCCCCUCCUCUCUUCUCCAGACCAUUUCCGGAAACCUUCUCCCUUACCUCACCUCGCUCAUCAACUCAUCCUUAACCGCUGGCCAUGUCCCUUCCGUCUUCAAGAGAGCGAGAGUUGCACCCCUCCUCAAAAACCUACACUUGAUCCCUCCGAUGUCAACAACUACAGACCAGUAUCCCUUCUUUCUUUUCUCUCCAAAACUCUUGAGCGUGCCGUCUCUAGCCAACUCUCCUGCUCUCUCUCUCAGAAUGACCUUCUUGAUCCAAACCAGUCAGGUUUCAAGACUGGUCAUUCAACUGAGACUGCUCUUCUCUGUGUCACGGAGGCUCUCCAUACUGCUAAAGCUAACUCUCUGUCCUCUGCUCUUAUCCUUCCAGACCUAUCCACUGCCUUUGAUACUGUGAACCAUCAGAUCCUCCUCUCCACCCUCUCUGAGUUGGGCAUCUCCGGCGCUGCUCACUCUAGGAUUGUGUCCUACCUGACAGGUCGCUCCUACCAGGUGGCGUGGCGAGAAUCUGUCUCCGCACCACGUGCUCUCACCACUGGUGUCCCCUAGGGCUCAGUUCUAGGCCCUCUCCUAUUCUCUCUAUACACCAAGUCACUUGGCUCUGUCAUAUCCUCACAUGGUCUCUCCUAUCAUUGCUAAGCAGACGACACACAAUUAAUUUUCUCCUUUCCCCCUUCUGAUAACCAGGUGGCGAAUCGCAUCUCUGUAUGUCUGGCAGACAUAUCAGUGUGGAUGUCGGAUCACCACCUCAAGCUGAACCUCGGCAAGAUGGAGCUGCUCUUCCUCCCGGGGAAGGACUGUCCGCUCCAUGAUCUGCCCAUCACGGUUGACAACUCCAUUGUGUCAUCCUCCCAGAGUGCAAAGAACCUUGGAGUGACCCUGGACAACACCCUGUCGUUCUCCGCUAACAUCAAAGCGGUGACCCAAUCCUGCAGGUUCCUGCUCUACAACAUUCGCAGAGUACGACCCUACCUUACACAGAAAGUGGAACAGGUCCUAAUCCAGGCACUUGUCAUCUCCCGGCUGGAUUACUGCAACUCGCUGUUGGCUGGGCUCCCUAACUGUGCCAUUAAACCCCUUCAACUUAUCCAGAACGCUGCAGCCCGUCUGGUGUUCAACCUUCCCAAGUUCUCUCACGUCACCCCGCUCCUCCGCACACUCCACUGGCUUCCAGUUGAGGCUCGCAUCUACUACAAGACCAUGGUGCUUGCCUACGGAGCUGUGAGGGGAACGGCACUUCCAUACCUUCAGGCUCUGAUCAGACCCUACACCCAAACGAGGGCACUACGUUCAUCCACCUCUGGCCUGCUAGCUCCCCUACCUCUACGGAAGCACAGUUCCCGCUCAGCCCAGUCAAAGCUAUUCACUGCUCUGGCACCGCAAUGGUGGAACAAGCUCCCCCACGACGCCAGGACAGCGGAGUCACUGACCACCUUCCAGAGACACUUGAAACCCUACCUCUUUAAGGAAUACCUGGAAUAGUAUAAAAGUAAUCCUACUUCCCCCACCCCCCUUAAAAAACAAAACAAAAAAAGUGGUUGUCCCACUUGCUAUCAUAAGUUGAAUGCACCAAUUUGUAAGUCGCUCUGGAUAAGAGCGUCUGCUAAAUGAUGUAAAUGUAAUACACACACACACAUUUUAUUGCAUGACAUAAGUAUUUGAUCACCUACAAACCAGUAAGAAUUCCGUCUCUCACAGACCUGUUAGUUUUUCUUUAAGAAGCCCUCCUGUUCUCCACUCAUUACCUAUAUCAACUGCACCUGUUUGAACUUGUUACCUGUAUAAAAGACACCUGUCCACACACUCAAUCAAACAGACUCCAACCUCUCCACAAUGGCCAAGACCAGAGAGCUGUGUAAGGACAUCAGGGAUAAAAUUGUAGACCUGCACGAGGCUGGGAUGGGCUACAGGACAAUAGGCAAGCAGCUUGGUGAGAAGGCAACAACUGUUGGCGCAAUUAUUAGAAAAUGGAAGAAGUUCAAGAUGACGGUCAAUCACCAUCGGUCUGGGGCUCCAUGCAAGAUCUCACCUCGUGGGGCAUCAAUGAUCAUGAGGAAGGUGAGGGAUCAGCCCAGAACUACACGGCAGGACCUGGUCAAUGACCUGAAGAGAGCUGGGACCACAGUCUCAAAGAAAACCAUUAGUAACACACUACGCCGUCAUGGAUUAAAAUCCUGCAGCGCAUGCAAGGUCCCCCUUCUCAAGCCAGCGCAUGUCCAGGCCCAUCUGAAGUUUGCCAAUGACCAUCUGGAUGAUCCAGAGGAGGAAUGGGAGAAGGUCAUGUGGUCUGAUGAGACAAAAAUAGAGCUUUUUGGUCUAAACUCCAAUCGCCGUGUUUGGAGGAAGAAGAAGGAUGAGUACAACCCCAAGAACACCAUCCCAACUGUGAAGCAUGGAGGUGGAACCAUCAUUCUUUGGGGAUGCUUUUCUGCAAAGGGGACAGGACGACUGCACCGUAUUGAGGGGAGGAUGGAUGGGGCCAUGUAUCGCGAGAUCUUGGCCAACAACCUCCUUCCCUCAGUAAGAGCAUUGAAGAUGGAUCGUGGCUGGGUCUUCCAGCAUGACAACGACCCGAAAUACACAGCCAGGGCAACUAAGGAGUGGCUCCGUAAGAAGCAUCUCAAGGUCCUGGAGUGGCCUAGCCAGUCUCCAGACCUGAACCCAAUAGAAAAUCUUUGGAGGGAGCUGAAAGUCCGUAUUGCCCAGCGACAGCCCCGAAACCUGAAGGAUCUGGAGAAGGUCUGUAUGGAGUGGGCCAAAAUCCCUGCUGCAGUGUGUGCAAUCCUGGUCAAGACCUACAGGAAACGUAUGAUCUCUGUAAUUGCAAACAAAGGUUUCUGUACCAAAUAUUAAGUUCUGCUUUUCUGAUGUAUCAAAUACUUCUGUCAUGCAAUAAAAUGCAAAUUAAUUACUUAAAAAUCAUACAAUGUGUGUCAAGUUCUGCGUGAUUUCUGGCUGACCACAGCUCUGCCCAAACUUGAAAACGGCUUUAUCCUUGAUGAACGCAAAGGACAACUCAAAACUGUUCACUUUAUGAUUUUUUAUUGUCAUAAAGAUGGAACAGAAUAGGUUGAUAACCUUCAAAACACACAAACAAAAACCCAUGGAUUAGUUACAAAUAACUCUCAAUUCCACUUUCUCAAAAAUAAGCAUAAACUAAUGUUACUGAAUCCUCAAACCUAACCAAACAAUCAUUUCAUCAUUUAGAUUAACCUAGGAUCAUUGCAAGUUACUAAUUAAAUAUCAAUAUCAUAAUUAAACAUUUAACAAUACACAUGAUUAUAGUAACGUUACCAGUUGCGUCUUUGGAUGAUCAGGAGCUGUGGUCAUUGGUAUCUCUUCUCAGGAAUGAGUGAGAGCCAAGUAAGCUUUUACCAAACAUUUCGAUGCCAUGCACAUGCACUGCUUGUGGGUGCGCAGGUUAAUAUGGUCCCCAGAGCACUUCCUGGUGGUUGGUUUCAACAGCUCCGGUUGCAUGGUUGCCCCCUGCAGGUUGGGAGUGCUUUGAGCACCCUGGGUGGAUUUAGGCUUGUAGCUUGUAGUCAGGAAUUGACACAACACCUCCCACUUGACCUCCUGGUUCUUCAACCCAAGGAGGUCACACAGAACUGUGAUGUGUUGGAUUCAGUUACUCUAUUUUUGAUCCUGUUGCUGCUGCUCUUCAACUGGAAGCAAGACAACUAUCCGUCUGACAUCCCUGUGAAGAACUGUUGCUGGUAUCUUGAUUGAAUGUUUUUCCAUCUUUUUAGUGGGCUUCUUGAGCUAGAAGGGAGGAUACCCAUGACGUGCAGGGCAAGAUUGGUACUGCAGUUUUUUCUUCAUUAAAGAUUUGGAAUCUUCCUCCACAGAGCAAGAGUCCAGUGUUUUCCUCUUUGACCACAGCAAGCCUGCUGAGUGUGGUGUCUGGCCAGGUUACAUCCUUUUGGGCUGCAAGGAAGAGAUCCCUGAGUGCAUCUUCACACUCCAUGAUGGUAAGUGUAGCUUUCUUGAUUCUGGACUUCUGGAUCUCAAGAGCUGAAGGAAUUUCCUUUUUCUUUGGCUUGCUUGUGGUGGUGGUCUUGGCUAGCAUUUCUUUCCACCUUGUGGCAGCUCUCCACACCCAGGCAAUGACUCUUGUCAACCUGGUUAAACUGCUGAACUUGCUGAUGUUAAGGAUAUUCCCCACUGAAUAACCAGAAGGUGGUCUUUGGACUUGGAUUUGGUGCCCUCUUCCAUUAGGGCUGCUUUGCAGGUCUUUACCUUUGUCAGAGGUUGGAGAUAUUGGUAUACGUGGAGCAUGUUGGAUUAUUUUCCCCACCUGCGCUCGGGUCAGUGCUGCUGUAAAACAUUUCCUUUGGAGCUUGUUUAUGCCUUCUUUGGCAUCUGCAGCGACUUCUUUGGCUGACUUUGUCGGCCAAUCCUCUACAGGUCGUUUCAGAAACUCUGGGCCGUUCUGCCACACAGAGUUCUCUUUGAGGUCCUCUGGGGUUGCUCCUCUUGUCACGAGGUCAGCAAUGUUUUGCUCACCUGGAAUCCAUCUCCAGUCCUCAACUGAUGUGGACUUCUGGAUCUCUCCCACUCUGUUUGCAAAAAAGGUCUGGUACCCAUAACUGUCCCUUUGGAUUGCACCCAGCACAGUUUGACUAUCUAACAGAUGGAUCCAACGUCCUACUUGCAUCCGACUGUGCUUUUCAAUGUAUUUCCUGAGUCUUGCAGCGAACACAGCACCACAGACUUCAGCCUUCACUGGUUCUCCCUUUUGGUCAAGUGGUGUAAGCUUGGCUUUGGACUCAACAAGUCGGACCAGGAUGCCUUGCUCGGUCUCCCACCUGAAGUAUGCCACUGCUCCAUAACUCUGGUCGCUCCCAUCUGAGAAUGUUAUUCCCCAGGGUUCUCCAAUCCUUUUGACUGGAGUCAGGCUUCUAUGGAAGGUAAUUUGGUUGAGGUGUCUGUAUUCCUCAAACAGGCGGAUUGCUUCUCCUCUAAGUUUCUCAGACAGAGGUGUGUCCCAUGUGUCUCUUGUUAGAGCUUUGCCUCCAGUUUCUUGGAAUGCUUUUCUGACUAAAAUAGCUCCUUUCUGUUUGGCAGGUGUUGCAAGGCCUAUUGGGUCAUACAAACUAGCUACUUGGCUAAGCAGUUGCCUUCUGGUCAGUGGGUUUGGAGUUUUCAUUCUCACUUCCUCUCCAACGAGAUCUUGACUGAUCCUCAUCUUCUUUUGUCUCUUUGAGAAGUUUAUCGAGGUCAUGAGGUACAGUUUGUCUGAUUCGACUAAAUAACCAACUCCAAGGGCUCUGUUGUCUCCUUCUCUCACUUGGUUGGGGAGGAUGAAGACUUCAUCUGAUGAUGUUGGAUGUUCUGAUGUAGAUGUUUGCCUCCCACUUUGGCCUGAUCGGACCCACGGCUUGAGGAAGAAUCCACCUGCCUUUAGGAUUUCUUCGACUUUUUUGGUGGUUCCGUCUAGCUUUUCCAGGUCAUUAUGGGAUGUCAGGAUGUCAUCUACGUAGGAAUCCUCUUCAAGGACCCUCCGUUCCUCUUUCAGAUGUGUGAACAUGGGCAACUUCGCUGUUUCUCUCAUGGCUAGUUGUGCGAUACACCCUGCUGGUCGAUCGCCCAUGUUGACCCUGGUGAUGGCAUAUUCCUCAAUGUCCCCAUCAUCACCGUCUCUCCAGAGGAAUCUAUGGAGGUGCAUCUCCAGGUCUUCGAGCCACACAGAAUUGUACAUCUUUUUGAUGUCGCCGAGAGCAGCAUGGAUUCCUCUCCUGAACCUUAGCAGUACCGCUCGAAUAGGAUUAAGUACAUCAGGCCCUUUCAGAAGAAGGUCAUUCAUGCUGCUUCCUCUAAACCUCUGGCUGCUGUUCCAUACCAGUCGGACAGGUGUAGUUAUAGAGUGUGGGUUUGGUGCUAUCAAGUGACUGACGUACCAUACUGGACCUUUCCAGUCGGCAAUGGUCUUUCUAGUGAGUUUCUUUGCUGCCUUCCUUUCCACCAUCUCAUGAACCUGAGUUGUGUAUGCUGCACGCCAAUCUGGUUCUCUCUUGAGUUGUUUCUCCGUCCUCAGAAACAUGGCUUCCACUGCGCUUCUGUUGUUGGGCAGGGAACUUGGAUCUUCAAUCCAAGGGUAUUUUGUGUCCCAGUGAGGCUCCUGACUAUGCACAUCUGACUCCACGUAACUGAGACCUUGCCUGAUUAUCUCAAGCUCUCUUUCUUCACUAAGAGUCAUGUCUUUGCCUCCUGGUUGACAGUUACCACAACGACAUCCUCCACACAUGGGUUCACAGGCCGCACCAAUGCUGUCCCACUUCCACCAGUCCAAGACCUCUUUGCCAAUAACAGUGGUUUUAGUUUCAGCUCUAGAUUCUUGCAUCUCAGCAAUUUCUUGAUACUUUACUGCUGUGAUUCUCAUAGAUCGUGCAAAAUGAGUUUCAGAAUUGUGCAGGGCCAUGUCCACUACUUCACAGAGGUCUGGAUGUGCUCCUCCAACGGUCUUUCCUAAAGGGCUCUCCCACAGGACAAGAUCUCCUACUACCUUUACUCUCUGUGGAGCAAGUCUUCCUUCCCGGUGGCUUAUGAGAAGCUCAACAUGUUCUGGUCUGUGAAGGUCUUCCAGGUUGGUAUCGGGGAAGAACUUCUUGAGGUGUUGUGCUUUGAUUGCUCUGUGAACUUUUGCAAUCUCAUCCAACCCAUAACAGAUCAGCUCAUGAGCUUUCUCCGUGCCUCUCGGUGUCUUGACUCUCACCUUGAGUAAGUAUCUUUUGGUCUUCACCUUCAUGGCCAUGCCUCCAACUCCAUGGACGACUAGUGUGAUCCUUUCACUUCGAAGCUUCAGUCUCCUGGCGGCUGUGUGAGUGAUGUAGUUGGUGUCUGAUGCUAAGUCAAUGAGAGUUCCAAUUUUCUGCCCUGCGUUAGUAGUUACUUCGAGAAGCAUAAGAAUAACUGGUAAUUCACGUGUGCUUGAGUCCAUUACCCCAGGAAGGCUUCCUCCAGUGCAGUGUGAUUUUGCCAUGUUGGUGAAAGCAUUCCUGAAUUUUUUCUGCCACGUCCGGGGUGAGCUCACGUAUUAAUCUCUCUUGCUCCUCUGUGAAUGUUUGCCUCCUGGUGCUGGGUUUUUCCACUUUCACGUAUUCUUUCCUCUUAGCCCCUCCUUUAAGGCAGAGAAAGAAAUGGUGAUCCGAGGAGCUUCCUCUUUUGCAGUCUCUGUUUCUGCAAAGGUAAGUGUCCGUACAUUCCUCAUCCUCUCCAUGACAUCUGAGGCAUCUUCUGCAUGCUCCCAGUCUUUCGACAGCAUUCAGCUUCUCACUAGGCUUUAGUUCUUUGAACUGCUUACAAAAGAAAAUCUUCUCACGGUGCUUUUCAUCUCCACACACAACGCAUCCUCCCUUUCUCGUGGACCUUGUGGAAGCAUACCGCUUCUCCGGGUACGUAGCUUUCUUUUCAGGGUUUUCACUUACACCCAACUGGUCUAGUUUUCUCCAGUAUGUCCUCUUGUGUCUUUAAAAAUCUUAGAAGGCUGUCGAAGUGAUUGUCAGGUGUGACUCCAUUUCUUGGGUUGACCAUGAAUGUCAGCCAGUCCCUCUUCAUGUUAUCCGGCAGCUUGCUCUCUAUGGAUCUGAUGACAAGGGGAUUCUUUAUGGCUCCACUGCUUUCGAGCUCCGUGAGGUCAUUCAGGGCCUUUUCCACAGCUUGAAUCAGGUCAAUAACCUUCCUUGGUUGGUGUGACUUUAAAGGAGGGAUCCUCUCCAGGUCCUCAAUUAUCUCCAAAGCAAUUGUUGGCUUGUUUCCAUACUGGUUUUGGAGUACUCUAAACAUGUCUUCAGCACUGUUAUAUGAUGACAGGCGCAGGUCUCUACAUAUUCUCUCGUCCACACUGUCAAGAAGUUGAAACUUCUUCACCUCCACUGAACCAGUCGGCUCUCCCUGCUUUUGCAGGCUCUCCCAGUCUUUCCUCCAUCUGUGGAAAUUCCUCCUAAGCCCAGUGAAUUUAGGUAGACUGGUUGGUUUUAUUCUCACCACUGGUUGUGGGACUGCUCUUGGUUGAAGCUCUGUAGGUCUUCUGUCCUCUUCUGCAAUUCUCUGUGCGAUGAGGAAUUCUGUUCUUUUGGCCUCGAGGUUACUGCCGAAUAUUCUCAGAUCUUUUACUCUGCCUUUCAGCUCUGCAGUCUCAUCGUGUGGGACCCAUUUUUCCCAGUCUUUCAGGCUUUCACUUGAAUCAUGGAUUAGCUUCCUCGCUCUUUCCAGCUGUAGCUCAUAGCCGUCCCUGUUAAUAGCAGUGACGGGGGUUUCUUUGGCUCUGUCACAGGCUUUCUCCGCUUCUUGGAUUGCAAAGUCUACCUCCUCUUUACCGUAUCUUGGCCAGAGGUUGAAUUGGACUGCCUCUCGGAUUUCCUCCAAUUUCAUGUCGCACUCUUCAAUCGUCCUUUCAAGAUCAGCAUGCUGGUCCUUGUCGAGCUUGACCUCCUCAUCUCCCUUAGUUCCCGCUUCAGCCAGUAGGCCAGCCGCGUAGUCAUCAUUUGAAUCACCGACACUUCUAGCCAGGGAACUGAGCUUGCUGAACUCCUCUUGUAGUUCAUGCUUAAUCAUACCAGCUCCAGCUUUACUCAGGUAGUUCGCUUGUCUGGUGAAAGCAGAUUUGGCUAAGGUCCGCUCUUGCUUCAGUUGCUUGACUGUUUUCCCAAAAGUUUCCUUGGCCAUGGUGUAGAGUUUCACAGGCAAUUCUUCCUUUGCGUCGACAGCUUGACUUCAGCCCUUUGAUCCUCGUCUUCACUGCCGCGCUGGUUAUCAACUGUCAAGUUCUGCGUGAUUUCUGGCUGACCACAGCUCUGCCCAAACUUGAAAACGGCUUUAUCCUUGAUGAACGCAAAGGACAACUCAAAACUGUUCACUUUUUUUUUAUUUUUUUUAUUGUCAUAAAGAUGGAACAGAAUAGGUUGAUAACCUUCAAAACACACAAACAAAAACCCAUGGAUUAGUUACAAAUAACUCUCAAUUCCACUUUCUCAAAAAUAAGCAUAAACUAAUGUUACUGAAUCCUCAAACCUAACCAAACAAUCAUUUCAUCAUUUAGAUUAACCUAGGAUCAUUGCAAGUUACUAAUUAAAUAUCAAUAUCAUAAUUAAACAUUUAACAAUACACAUGAUUAUAGUAACGUUACUGUCAAGUUCUACGUUCACAAAUGAAGUCUUCACUAUUUAAUUUAAUUAAUAAUUGUAUUGUAUGUUACAACCAAACAAAAGGGCAUAUAGAAGCAUGAAUUCACAACACAUUCUGUCCUACCAGUUGCGUCUUUGGAUGAUCAGGAGCUGUGGUCAUUGGUAUCUCUUCUCAGGAAUGAGUGAGAGCCAAGUAAGCUUUUACCAAACAUUUCGAUGCCAUGCACAUGCACUGCUUGUGGGUGCGCAGGUUAAUAUGGUCCCCAGAGCACUUCCUGGUGGUUGGUUUCAACAGCUCCGGUUGCAUGGUUGCCCCCUGCAGGUUGGGAGUGCUUUGAGCACCCUGGGUGGAUUUAGGCUUGUAGCUUGUAGUCAGGAAUUGACACAACAAUGUGAUUUUCUGGAUUUUUGUUUUAGAUUCCGUCUCUCACAGUUGAAGUGUACCUAUGAUAAAAAUUACAGACCUCUACAUGCUUUGUAAGUAGGAAAGCCUAAAAAAUCGGCAGUGUAUCAAAUACUUGUUCUCCCCACUGUGUGUGUGUGUAUAUAUAUAUAUAUAUAUAUAUAUAUAUAUAUAUAUAUAUAUAUAUAUAUAUAUAUAUACACACACACACACACUGCACAUGGAGACAAAGAUCGUACUUUUUGGAGAAAUGUCCUCUGGUCUGAUGAAACAGAAAUAUCACUGUUUGGCCAUAAUGACCAUCGUUAUGUUUGAAGGAAAAGGGAGGUUGUUUGCAAGCCGGCAGCAUCAUGCUGUUGGGGUGCUUUGCUGCAGGAGGGACUGGUGCACUUCACAAAAUAGAUGGCAUCAUGAGGAAGGAAAAUUAUGUGGAUAUAUUGAAGCAACAUCUCAAGACAUCAGUCAGGAAGUUAAAGCUUGGUCGCAAAUUUUUUUGCUAAUCCAAGCUUAUCAUUUUAAAAGGCUAAUUGAUCAUUAGAAAACCCUUUUGCAAUUAUGUUAGCACAGCUGAAAACUGUUGUGCUGAUUAAAGAUGCAAUAAAACUGGCCUUCUUGAGACUAGUUGAGUAUCUGGAGCAUCAGCAAUUGUGGGUUCAAUUACAGGCUCAAAAUGGCCAGAAACAAAUAACUUUCUUCUAAAACUCGUCAGUCUAUUCUUGUUCUGAGAAAUGAAGGCUAUUCUAUGCGAGAAAUUGCCAAGAAACUGAAGAUCUUGUACCACACUGUGUACAGUCGUGGUCAAAAGCUUUGAGAAUGACACAAGUAUUGGUCUUCACAAAGUUUGCUGCUUCAGUGUUUUUAGAUAUUUUUGUCAGAUGUUACUAUGGUAUACUGAAGUAUAAUUACAAGCAUUCCAUAAGUGUCAAAGGCUUUUAUUGACAAUUACAUUAAGUUUAUGCAAAGAGUCAAUAUUUGCAGUGUUGACCCUUCUUUUUCAAGACCUCUGCAAUCCGCCCUGGCAUGCUAUCAAUUAACUUCUGGGCCACAUCCUGACUGAUGGCAGCCCAUUGUUGCUUUAUCAAUGCUUGGAGUUUGUCAGAAUUUGUGGGUUUUUGUUUGUCCACCCGCCUCUUGAGGAUUGACCACAAGUUCUCAAUUGGGUCCUGGCCAUGGACCCAAAAUUUAAAUGUUUUGUUUUGUUUCCGCUGGAAAAGGCAUUGUUCGUCACCAAACUGUUCUUGGAUGGUUGGGAGAAGUUGCCCUCGGAGGAUGUGUUGGUACCAUUCUUUAUUCCCAACGUCAACAGUGAAGAGGUGACUCCAGGAUGCUGACCUUCUAGGCAGAGUUGCAAAGAAAAAGCCAUAUCUCAGACUGGCCAAUAAAAAGAAAAGAUUAAGAUGGGCAGUCUGAGAUAUGGCUUUUUCUUUGCAACUUUGCCUAGAAGGUCAGCAUCCCGGAGUUGCCUCUUCACUGUUGACGUUGAGACUGGUGUUUUGCGGGUACUAUUUAAUGAAGCUGCCAGUUGAGGACCUGUGAGGCGCCUGUUUCUCAAACUACACACUAAUGUUUUUGUCCUCUUGCUCAGUUGUGCACCGGGGCCUCCCACUCCUCUUUCUAUUCUGGUUAGAGCCAGUUUGCGCUGUUCUGUGUUGUCCGAGAUCUUCAGUUUGUUGGCAAUUUCUCGCAUAGAAUAGCCUUAAUUUCUCAGAACAAGAAUAGACUGACGAGUUUCAGAAGAAAGUUAUUUGUUUCUGGACAUUUUGAGCCUGUAAUCGAACCCACAAUUGCUGAUGCUCCAGAUACUCAACUAGUCUCAAGAAGGCAUGUUUUAUUGCUUCUUUAAAUCAGCACAACAGUUUUCAGCUAUGCUAACAUAAUUGCAAAAGGGUUUUCUAAUGAUCAAUUAGCCUUUUAAAAUGAUAAACUUGGAUUAGCAAACACAACGUGCCAUUGGAACACAGGACUGAUGGUUGCUGAUAAUGGGCCUCUGUACACCUAUGUAGAUAUUCCAUUAAAAAUCAGCCGCUUCCAGCUACAAUAGCCAUUUACAAUAUUAACAUUGUCUACACUGUAUUUCUGAUCAAUUUGAUGUUAUUUUAAAUGGACAAAAAAAGUGCUUUUCUUUCGAAAACAAGGACAUUUCUAAGUGACCCCAAACUUUUGAACGGUAGUGUAUAUAUAUAUUUUCUUCUUUGUCAGAAUGCAGGAAGACUUCUUUCCCCACCACUUCCCUCUUCAAAUAAUUCAAUAAGUAGGCUACACAGUCAGAAUUAUCUUCACAUUUAUUAUUAGCUAUUCAUACAUGCAUACUUUGCCUACAGUUUGUUUCGUGUAAUACACAGAUGUUUCUUCUCUUUAUCUAGAUACCCAAAUUCGUUACAAGCAGUUUCUUACCAGAAUUCUAUACAAUUUCAUUUAAAACACACAAUGUUACUCGUAAACCACAGCUUUAGAGAUACUGAGUUAAAUUGACUUGGUUUGAGAUAUAUUGACUUCGGCUACUAAUGACACCCUAUUCUCAAUAUAUGCUAGUGCACUACUUUUAGUACAAAGUAGUGCACUAUCUAAUAUUUAGUCAAAAGUAGUGCACUACAGGGAGAAUAGGGUAUCAUUUUAGACUGGGCCUUAGAAGUUGUAUAUUUAUCAUGUUGGCACCAAUAGUUCCAAGACAUUCUAGUUUAGAAUGCAAAUUAGAACUUUGUUGUCAUAAAACUACAAUGUUUGAUGCUAAAAAUUGGAUCACAUUCCAGUUGUUCUUAUGUACUGUAUAUUGAGGAUAGAAGUUUCCCAUAGGCAAAGAUCUAGGAUCAGCUUAGCCUACCCCUUACCUUUACCAUUAGGGGUAAAACCACAAAACUGAUCAGUGUUUCUGAUUCAACUGCAUGCCGACUCGUACUGUAUUUAUGUUCAGUUAGGAUGUAUUUUAAAAGUGCAAUAUCCCUUUUUAUUUGCUUCAUAUCCUGUGUCACGUUGAAACAACGCAAAAUAAAGUAUUUUCAGUGUCUGUGUCUUUUCUCAAUGUCUUUCUUUCUUUAUUUUGCAACCUGUACUUAUUAAAAGCCUUUAUGAUCAGGGAUCAGAUCCCUGAUUAUAGUUUGGUUGCAAACUCAUUGUGCCCUGGGGGCCACAUUAAAUCAUUUCGGGGCCGCAUUUGGCUCGUGGGCCAGGAGUUUGAGACUCCUGCCCUACAACCACUGAGCAAAUAUAUAAUUAACAGACAAAUAAAGGUCAGCAGUCUAGUGGUUUGCAGCGUUGUUUAAACGUUGUUGAGACGAUGUGAGUAACGUUAGAUGAUGGAGUUAGCUAGGCAUAUGUGUGCAGCUGUACAAUGCUACUUCAUAUAGCAAACAAAAAGCUGAGGCUUGAGUAUAGAUAUAAUGAACCUUGUCUAAUAUUGAGACUGAUUAUUACCCACAAUUCAUUACCCACAAUUCCACAUGCCCUGAAAAAUGUGCACUUGAAAAUACGUCAACCCACUGCAUCAUACUGAAAUAGUAUGUUUGUUCACUCCCAUACAGAGUAAUUGUUGCUGAUGCAAACCUAUAUAGUGUUUUUGUUAUUCUCUUAAAACAUACAUUUUAAAACUUGAGGCAUUAGUGUAAAGCCAUAUUUAAAAGCAUUGCAUACUGGUAUUUUAUUUUCUGAGCUGGGUUUUGUUUUAUGAGUUUGUUGUUGUCGUUUACAAGUGGAGAGGAGGUGGGUGGUGUGUUGUUAAGAGGGAUCCUAUGCAGUUUCACACACUAUGGCAUCCCAGGGUGCAUCACACCCACACCCCUCAUGUUUUGCAGUGACAAUCCCCGGGACCUUGUCUGUUUGUGUUCUAGAAUUAGCGUUGUCGAGGGCAACUAUCUGAACUUUCUGAUGCUUAGUGUUAGUUGCUAUGGAUACAUAUUUGCAUCUCUUUACUCACAGAUUGUGAAUGAUGUGCCAUAUGAAAUAAAUAACUGAAUAAAAACAUGUAUGUGUCACCCACCUUCUAUCUCCCUUCCUCACUUGUGCUCCUCUAUGUAUUUACAAAUAAUCCCUUCCCUCCAUUUCCUCUUCUCCAUUUCAGACCAUUUCAUUUAGUUUACUUCAGCAAAGUGAAGUUGAGUUAUAGCUUGUUGUAGUGUUGUACUGUACACUGGCAUGUACUGCAGUCCUCUAGUAUAGCAUUACUUGAUUGGUUGAUUGGUUGUGUUACAGUUAUAGUGCUUGAGUAGAGGUAAUGUAGUGUGUUAGCAAUGCUACUUAAGCACAGCAAUGUUAGGUGGGUUGGGGGUUGGUCUAUCCCUUUAAAGUCUCUAUGUGUGUGUGGUGGGAGCGGGGACAGAAAUUGAAUUUUAAUUCAAUCAUUUUGAAUAAAGUUUUGAAUACUUUGACCCCUAACCAUUGUCCCACCUUAACCCAUUGACCCCUGACCCCUCUCAGUCGGACCACUCCCCGUUGUCCUCCCCGCCGGAGUCGGAAUCUGAUUCGCUGUACUCGACGGCGAUGCGACGUGAUAGGAUGGUGGCCACGUCGUUUCCAACUGGCUCUCUCUUCGCUUCCUGCUCUCUCUGUUCCUGGACCUUCCUCAACUGGAUACCUGGAGAGAUGGAGGAAGGUAUUGAAGGAGGGAUGGAGGGAGUGAGGGGUUAGAUAGAUACAUACACUAGGCAGGCACGCAGGCACACACACACACACACACACACACACAGAGCUUCAUAUGUAUGUAACAGUAUUGCUUCUGUCCCUGUCCCUCACUGGGCUCGAACCAGAGACCCUCUGAACACAUCGACAGCGUGUCACCCACAGAAGCAGCCUUACCUGUUGCAAAAUUCCUGUAACUUCCCCAAAAUUCCCAGGUUUUUUCCCCUCCCAAUUCCGUGAAUCUUUCAACCAGGAUUUCUGGAAAACCAGGGAAUUUUGGGCAAGUUUACGGAAUUUUGCAACCCUACGGACCACCAAAGCCAUGCUUCUAAGGGGAAUGAUCUCCUUAUAGGUCUCAUCACAGAGGAAAGCUACAAACACACAGCUAACUAGUGUUGUCACGAUACCAGAAUCUUUACUUCGAUACCGAUACCAGGUUUAGUAUCAUGAUACUCGAUAAGGUUAAACAGAUAAACUCAGCUACCGCUCUGUUCAAUCGUUGGGCAUCUUUUGAGUUCAAUUUCAUUACAUUAUACAUUUUUUAUGUCAAUAUUUCAGACAGCAUGUACGCAUUAAUAAAUCAAUUAUACAAUUCUGCAAUCAAUUUGACUUUGUUUUUAUCAAUCUUACUACAUAACAACAUAAAUGGUAAUCAUUUAUUUAAAUGGUAAAUCUCUGUAAAUCAAGGGGCUGCAGAUGACAAACAAUCUGUUUCCCAUUCAUUUGGGACUUAUUUUAUUGUACUGAUCAACAACAUUUUCAUAGGAGAAGCAAUUUCUUAUUUUAUAAAAGUAUGCGCUGUCUCUUUAAGACCCAGUGUUGACGUCAUUUAAGAGGCACAUGCACUCACAUUCAUUUAGAGCGAGAGACGUGAUGUGAGGGAGACGAUGUGAAUGAAUCAGCUUUGAAAUCAGUAUAUUUUGCAUUAUGGUUUGCAUAUUAUGACAAACAAAGCUAGCAAGGGAAGUUGGCCUACAAAGCUGGAAGCUACCGGUAUCUUCUUGCAUUGUAAAGUGUUCUAGCCUGUAUGGUCAUUGUUUUCAGUUACAGUAAUUAACAUUUUCAACAUUUCUACAUGCCGUGUUGCAUUAUUCAAGUGUGAUUACUUCUGUGCAGCAUGAGUGGGGAGCCAAGAUGAUGCAGCCCAGACUCCCAGUGAGUGCAGUGGUUCCUCAGGACAGGCUAGAGCUAGCUCCAGAAAUGAGUAAGUGGAGCAGGCAAGAGGCAUGCACAGUGCGCUCGCGCUAUAAAGGGGACAUCAUCUGCGCUGAUAGAGAGAUUUGAUCCUCUAAAUAGUUAUGACGUGAGACACAUUUGACAGAAGUACCGAAAGUAACAGAAAUUCUAGUACUGAAACGUUUUUCAUGUUCUAGUAUCGACAAAGUACUGAAGUUUCGGUAUAUUGUGCAACACUACCGAUAACUAGCUAGCCAUUUCACAUACGCUAAAUGUACUCAUUCACAAGUGGAUACACAUGUAUCCAUGCACACAUGCACACACAUUCCCUCUAUCUGUCUCACCUCUGCGUAUGGCUGCCAGCAGUUCACUGCGAGCAUUGCUCAUCGGAAGCACACCUAAGCACACACACACGCAUGCGCACACACACACACACACACACACACAAACCCACACACGAAAACAAACUUAAACAAGAAAAAAAUACACACACGCAUACAUAAACACACACAUACAACCCCCCCACACACACACCCACAUCCACACCCCAAUUCUCUCCCCCUCUGUCUCACCUCUACGUAUGGCGGCCAACAGGUCGCUGCGAGCGUCGCUUAUUGGAAUCAUCGGCAUCUGGCCCUUCUUGGUGGCAGGAGCUUCUCCACCAAUGGCCUGAGCCGGAGACAGGAUGUGGGAGGGGGGCAGGCCGGGUGGGGGAGGAGGGGGGGCAGUGGGAGGGGCACCGGAGGGGGGGUGAGAGGGGGAGGGGACAUAGUUGGCAGGGGGGGCGGGGGGAGGAGGGGAGGGACUGUAAGGGCGGGACAUGACCGCCACAGCCCCGGGGGGAAGGGAGGGGGGAGGAAGGGGGGAGGUGGAGUCGAAGGCGGUCUGUGCGGAGGGGAUGAGUGGGGGGGGGGGAGGGGCAGGGGGGGUGAAGUACUCAGGGAUGGUUGAUGGCUGGCCGCUAAGGGAGGAGGAAGAGAAAGAAAGAGAGAAAGAACACAAUCAGACACUAAUUGGCAACAGUGGGCAAAUCUGUUGGCUGGAUCAAUUCUCUUAACUAAAAUCAAGUGAAAUGUUAUAUGUCAAAUAUCAGUGUCAAAGACAUUCUUCUAGAAUUACAAAGGCUUCGAGAAUUAGAAUUUCUAGAAUGAACAUUCACAGUCAAUUUAGUGUUUGGUGAUUCUAUUUCUAUGCGGUGUUCUUACCCAUAUGCCCUGUAGUCCUUGACAGACUGCUGCCGUGGUCCAUUGAGUGCUCCCCCCUCAGAGGGGGCGGGGGGUGCGUGGGGGUGCUGGGUGCGCCCCAGAGAGGCGAUAUGUCUUCCCCCAGCGACUGCACCAGAGGGGAGGUUAGGUCGAGGGUACCCACCUCUGUCUAAGGACUGGGUCUGUGGUGUCUGGGUGAGGUGGGGGGCAACGUCGAUAGGGUGGGGGGCGGAGGGGGGCUGGGAGGGGUGGUUAGGGCUGGCCGGGUAGGAGUGCUCACCCAUGUCUGAUGCCACCGACCUGGGAGGGGAGAGGGAGGGGGAAUUGAGGACAAAGAAUAUUGUUCACAAAAACUUCAGUUAAUUAAAGUGAUAUCCUUCUUAUAAAGUCCAUACUGGGAAUAUCAGAUUCCUUGGAAAUGAGAUAUAGAAAUAUUAUGGAUUUCAGUUAGACUUUUUUUUUUACCCAGCAGAGGGCAGAAGACAGCUAGACUGUGCCUUAGCACACUGAAGACUGGCCAGUCACUGAACAAUUCAUGACACAUGUACAGCGCAUUCGGAAAGUAUUCUGACCCCUUGACUUUUUCCACAUCUUGUUAUGAUACAACCUUAUUCUAAAAUGAUUUAAUAGAUUUGUUUCCUCAUAAAUCUACACACAAUACCUCAUAAUGACAAAGCAAAAACUGAUUUAUAGACAUUUUUGCAAAUCUAUUAAAAACAAUUUACUAAAAUAUCACAUUUACAUAAGUAUUCAGACCCUUUACUCAGUACUUUGUUGAAGCACCUUUGGCAGCUAUUACAACCUCGAGUCUUCUUGGGUAUGACGCUACAAGCUUGGCACACCUGUAUCCAAACACAUCAAGACAGUCGUGAAGAGGGCACGACAAAGCCUAUUUCCCCUCAGGAGACUGAAAAGAUUUGGCAUGGGUCCUCAGAUCCUCAAAAAGUUAUACAGAUGCACCAUCGAGAGCAUCCUGACUGGUUGCAUCACCGCCUGGUAUGGCAACUGCUUGGCCUCCAACCGCAAGGCACUAGAGGGUAGUGCGUACGGCCCAGUACAUCACUGAGGCCAAGCUUUCUGCCUUCCAGGACCUCUAUACCAGGCGGUGUCAGAGGAAGGCCCUAAAAAUUGUCAAAGACUCCAGCCACCCUUGUCAUCGACUGUUCUCUCUGCUACCGCACGGCAAGCUGUAUCGGAGCGCCAAGCCUAGGUCCAAAAGGCUUCUUAACAGCUUCUACCCCCAAGCCAUAAGACUCCUGAACAGCUAAUCAUGGCUACCCAGAUUAUUUGCUGUCUGUGAUUAUUACGCUGCUGCUACUCUGUUUAUUAUUUAUGCAUAGUCUCUUUAACUCUACCCACAUGUACAUAUUACCUCAAUUACCUCGACUAACGGGGCCCCCAAACAUUGACUCUGUACCAGUACCCCCUGUAUAUAGCCUCCCAACUGUUAUUUUAUUUUACAGCUGCUCUUUAAUUAUUUGCUAUUUGUUUUUAUGAUUUUUUACUAAACACUAUUUUUUUCCUUUCUUAAAAACUGCAUUGUUGGUUAAGGGCAUGUAAGUAAGCAUUUCACUGUUGUAUUCGGCGCAUGUGGCAAAUAAAAUUUGAUUUGAGGAGUUUCUCCCAUUCUUCUCUGCAGAUCCUUUCAACCUCUGUCAGGUUGGAUGGGAAGCGUCACCCCACAGCUAUUUUCAGGUAUCUCCAGAGAUGUUUAGAUCGGGUUCAAGUCCGGGUUCUGGCUGGGCCACUCAAGGACAUUCAGAGAUUUGUCCCGAAGUCACUCCUGCGUCGUCUUGGCUGUGUGCUUAGGGUCGUUGUCCUGUUGGAAGGUGAACCUUCGCCCCAGUCUGAGGUCCUGAGCACUCUGGAGCAGGUUUUCAUCAAGGAUCUUUCUGUACUUUGCUCAGUUUAUCUUUCCCUCGAUCCUGACUAGUCUCCCAGUCCCUGCCGCUGAAAAACAUCCCCACAGCAUGAUGCUGCCACUACCAUACUUCCCCGUAGGGAUGGUGCCAGGUUUCCUCCAGACGUGACGCUUGGCAUUCAGGCCAAAGAGUUCAAUCUUGGUUUCAUCAGACCAGAAAAUCUUGUUUCUCAUGGUCUGAGAGUCCCCUGGAGCUCUGUCAGAGUGACCAUCUACACACAAUACCCCAAUCGACACACAAUACCCCAUAAUGACAAAGCAAAAACAGGUUUAUAGAAAUUUUUGCUAAUUUAUUACAAAUAAAAAACAGAAAUAUCACAUUUACAUACGUUUUCAGACCCUUUACUCAGUACUUUGUUGAAGAACCUUUGGCAGCAAUUACAGCUUUGAGUCUUUUUGGGCAUGACGCUACAAGCUUGGCACACCUGUAUUUGGGGAGUUCCUCCUAUUCUUCUCUGCAGAUCCUCUCAAGCUCUGUCAGGUUGGAUGGGGAGCAUUGCAGCACAGCUAUUUUCAGGUCUCUCCAGAGAUGUUUGAUCGGGUUCAAGAUCUCUCUGUACUUUGCUCCGUUCAUCUUUGCCUCAAUCCUGACUGGUCUCCUAGUCCCUGCAGCUGAAAAACAUCCCACAGCAUAAUGCUGCCAACACCAUGCUUCACCAUAGGGAUAGUAACAGGGCCAGAUGUGACGCUUGGCAUUCAGGCCAAAGAGUUCAAUAUUGGUUUCAUCAGACCAGAGAAUCUUGUUUCUCAUGGUCUGAGAGUCUUUGGGUGCCUUUUGGCAAACUCCAAGUGGGCUGUCAUGUGCCUUUUACUGAGGAGUGGCUUCCGUCUGGUCACUCUACCAUAAAGGCCUGAUUGGUGGAGUGCUGCAGAGAUGGUUGUCCUUCUGGAAGGUUAUCCCAUCUCCACAGAGGAACUCUAGAACACUGUCAGAGUGACCUUCGGGUUCUUGGUCAGCUCCCUGACCAAGGCCCUUCUCCCCUGAUUGCUCAGUUUGGCCGGGCGGCCAGCUCUAGGAAGAGUCUUGGUGGUUCCAAACUUCUUCCAUUUAAGAAUGAUGGAGGCCACUGUGUCAACUCUGGGACCUUAUAUAGACAGGUGUGUGCCUUUCCAAAUCGUGUCCAAUCAAUUGAAUCUACCACAGGUGGAUUCCAAUCAAGUUGUAGAAACAUCUCAAGGAUGAUCAAUGGAAAUAAGAUGCACCUGAGUCUCCUAGCAAAGGGUCUGAAUACUUAUGUAAAUGUGAUUAUUCAGUUUUAUAUUUUUUAUACAUUUGCAAACAUUUCUAAAAACCUGUUUUCGCUUUGUCAUUAUGGGGUAUUGUGUGCAGAUUGCUAAGGGGUCUGAAUACCUUCCGAAGGCACUGUAUAUACACGACCAGUCAAAAGUUAGGACACACCUACUCAUUCAAGGGUUUUUCUAUAUUUUUACUAGAAUAAUAGUGAAGACUUCAAAACUAUGAAAUAACACAUAUGGAAUCAUGUAGUAACUAAAAAAGUGUUAAACACAUCAACAUAUAUUUUAUAUUUGAGAUUCUUCAAAUAGCCACCCCAUGCCUUGAAGACCAAGUCCAUAUUAUGGCAAGAAAAGCUCAAAUAAGCAAAGAGAAACAACAGUCCAUCAUUACUUUUAGACAUGAAGGUCAGUCAAUACGGAAAAUGUCAAGAGCUUAGAAAGUUUCUUCAAGUGCAGUCACAAAAACCAUCAAGCACUAUGAUGAAACUGGCUCUCAUGAGGACUGCCACAGGAAUGGAAGACCCAGAGUUACCUCUGCUGCAGAGGAUAAGUUCAUUAGAGUUACCAGCCUCAGAAAUUGCAGCCCAAAUAAAUGCUUCACAGUGUUCAAGUAACAGACACAUCUCAACAUCAACUGUUCAGAGGAGACUGUGUGAAUCAGGCCUUCAUGGUCGAAUUGCUGCAAAGAAACCACUUCUAAAGGACACCAAUAAGAAGAAGAGACCUGCUUGGGCCGAUAAACAUGAGCAAUAGAAAUUAGACCGGUGGAAAUGUGUUCUUUGGUCUGAAGUCCAAAUUGGAGGUUUUUGGUUCCAACCGCCGUGUCUUUGUGAGACGCGGUGCGGGUGAACGGAUGAUCUCUGCAUGUGUAUUUCCCACCGUAAAGCAUGAAGGAGGAGGUGUUAUGGUAUGGGGGUGCUUUGCUAGUGACACUGUCUGUGAUAGACAGUGUCACUUAACCAGCAUGGCUACCACAGCAUUCUGCAGCGAUACGCCAUCCCGUCUGGUUUGGGCUUACUGGGACUAUCAUUUGUUUUUCAACAGGACAAUGACCCAACACACCUCCAGGCUGUGUAAGGGCUAUUUUACCAGAAGGAGAGUGAUGGAGUGCUGCAUCAGAUGAACUGGCCUCCACAAUCCCCCGACCUCAACCCAAUUGAGAUGAUUUGGGAUGAGUCGGACGGCAGUGUGAAGGAAAAGCAGCCAACAAGUGCUUAGCAUAUGUGGGAUCUCCUUCAAGACUGUUGGAAAAGCAUUCCAGGUGAAGCUGGUAGAGAGAAUGCCAAGAGUGUGCAAAGCUGUCAUCAAGGCAAAGGGUGGCUAUUUGAAGAAUCUCAAAUAUAAAAUAUAUUUUCAUUUGUUUAACACUUUUUUGGUUACUACAUGAUUCCAUAUGUGUUAUUUCAUAGUGUUGAUGUCUUCAGUAUUAUUCUACAAUGUAGAAAAUAGUAAAAAUAAAGAAAAACCCUUGAAUGAGUAGGUGUGUCCAAACUUUUGACUGGUACUGUAUAUAUAUUUUUCAUAUUUACAAACAUUUCUAAAAACCUGUGUUUGCUUUGUCAUUAUGUGGUAUUGUAUGUAGAUUGCUGAGGAUUAUAAUUUGUUUAAUCCAUUUAGAAUAAGGCUGUAAGGUAACAAAAUGUGGAAAAAGUCAAGGGGUCUGAAUACUUUCCGAAAGCACUGUAUUUGUAAAAAGCACUACACAAAUAGAAAUCGGUUGAUCGAUUGGUUGAGUAAUUGAUAGAUUGACCAAUUCAUUGACUCUGGGCUCACCUGUUAUCGGGUGAUAGCGACCCCUCGGAGGACAUUCCGUGAUAGGGUGAGGGGGUGAGUCUGGUAUCGGGGCGGAACUCCUUGUCAUAAGCCAUCAUAUUCCACUCCUGUCUGCGAUUACGGGCCUUACGAACCUUCUUCACCUCCCUUCCCGGGUCCUCUACCUGUUUGUGCUGCUCCUGAUGGAGUGAUGGAGGGGAGGGAGGGAGGAAGGAGAGACAAACAAACAAAUACAAAGGGCUUUAUUUAUUAUGGAUAGUAUUCUCUUCACACAGGGACAAACAGAGAGAACAAGAGCCCUCCACCAUUAUCACACACCUUCAACCAGCAGAAUUCACCCAGUCCCACUAUAAGCCAAACUUUUAAGCAAUGUUAAGCAAGAUAAAACAUAAUCAACACAACAUAAAACAGUCCUAAACAUAGACGGAUGGGUAUAAGGGACCAGUUUGGUGGAGGGACAGAGACGGGAGGGUGACACGCAGACGGAGGGGUCUGGGAGGAGACAGGGACGUAGUGGUGGCGUCUUACGGAGCUGGGCGGAGACAUGGACAGGGAACAUAGGGAACAGGGACGUAGAAGACAUUGAACACGCAAGGGACACCGGACAAGGGACAGGGAGACAUAGCAGUGGAAGGGGAAGGGGAAACCCAGGGGACACCCAGAGGGCCUGGGAGGAGACAAGGACGGGGGACACGAGAACAUAGCGGUGGAUGUAGCGGUCUUACGGAGCUGGGUAGUGGGCUGCGAGGUGGAGCCUGUCUGCUGUGGGGUCUACCCUGGUCAGAGUGGGCCGGACAGCUGGUCUGGAUGGGAGACGUGGAGAUAGAGAGCUCUAACACAUUAGAUAUACUGUGGUUAUACAAAUGGGAGAGAGUGAGAGUGGGGGAAGAGAGAGGGGGAGAGGAGGAGAUAGUCUACUGGUGAAAGUCUGGAGGUUUAGACAGGUGAUAACAGGUGAUAACAGGGGUAGAGGGGCGAUAGUGGGACUGGGGAGUAGAAGCAGAGUGAGGGAGAAGGAGGGACAGAAAGGAGGGAUAUAGAUGUCCGAGAGAGAGGUUAUAACUGAAGUUCUCUUUAGACAGCAAGAGGGGUUAUGUUUCUAGGGGAAUUGGACGUAGAAGGGGCGUGAGGGAUGUGAUUGAGUUCAAAACACACAGGGAGUGUGUACCAGAACACACACAGCCUGGAUUAUAACACAGCAAAGCAAAGGGAAUGUGAGAUCAAAAGAAGCAUGUGGAGAUGCAAAGAACAUAGCAGUGAAGCAGUAAUGGAUGAUAUUCUCUCUUUCCCCAUCCAAGCAAUACAGUAUAGUAAAGUUCAGCACACCCUCACUGGAGUGCCUCUAGUUGACAUGUUUGAACACAAGCACUGUCAGCAAGGAGACACAACGACCAGAGGCACAGAGUGAAAGAGGGGAAGGAAAGAGGGGAAGAGAGAGAAAGAGGCAGUGACAGAUAGAGAAGGAAGAGAUCAAGUACACAUGCAUCCGCAUACUUGCACACACACACACACACACACCUUCUGUCGUCUCUUUUCCUUCCUCUUGUCCUCUGUGGCCUGAAGCAUCUUCUCUUUCCACAGCAUGAAGAAGUAGGAGGGGUCUGUGUAGAACUUCAACGCAUCCUUCUUAUCAUCCCUGGAGAGCGAGGGAUGGAGAGAGCGAGAGAGAGAGAGAGAGGAGAAGGGAGGAAGAGGGAGAGAAAUGGGUCAGGUGCAUUGCAUCUAUUGCAUUAGUCAUUCACAGAGCAUUGGGUCAGUGAUGUGCCUUUCUCAGCAUCAGACUGGGAUUCACAGCAAUUGUGAGGAUGAUCUUACCUGUACGUUUUCAGAGAGGUGGUGGUUUAAUUGACCUACAGGCUAACUAUAGGGGCUGAGUAUACUGAGGUGCUGACCUAUAGAGGCUGAGUAUGUUGAUAGGUGGAGGUUUGUCACAGCGAUGGUACAUCACUACCACAGGGUUGGGGACAGAGGUUUAACUAACCAAUAGCAGAUAAGUUGCCUAACGUCAAAAUGAGGGGCGGGGUACAAAACAAAUUAUUCAGCCAUUGGAUCAUCUCUAACCAAUCAGAGUAUCAAAGCAAAUGAUGUUAGGCCAGGCCGGCUCUGGCCCAACACAUCGGUAUCUGGGACCAAUUGAAACGGUCGGAAUGUGUUUGUAUUCUACAAGACGUCAGGGAGGAAAGCAAAUCCAGAAUCAUUGUGGAGAAGAAACGCUGGUGGGUGUGGUGUUUGGCCGGCUCGAUGUGGAUGGGUAGUCAGGCUAGGAGAUAAGUAUACUAAAAAGGUACUAACCUAUAGGUACUGAGUAUGUUGAGAGGUGGAGGUUUGUCACAGCGAUGGUACAUCUCUACCACAGGGUUGGGGACUGAGGUCCGUGAGACCACCUGUUGGUCCUGGAUGGUACUGCUCUUAAACGCCUUACGCAUGUUGAUGUCCUGCAGAGAGACUGGAGAAGAGAGAUAGACACACACAAAACCAUCAGCACGUUUAUAGCAUAUAUAUAGUAUAUAUAUAUUUAUAAACUCAGCAAAAAAAGAAACGUCCUCUCACUGUCAACUGUGUUUAUUUUCAGCAAACUUAACAUGUGUAAAUAUUUGUAUGAACAUAACAAGAUUCAACAACUGAGACAUAAACUGAACAAGUUCCACAGACAUGUGACUAACAGAAAUUGAAUAAUGUGUCCCUGAACAAAGGGGGGGUCAAAAUCAAAAGUAACAGUCAGUAUCUGGUGUGGCCACCAGCUGCAUUAAGUACUGCAGUGCAUCUCCCCAUCAUGGACUGCACCAGAUUUGCCAGUUCUUGCUGUGAGAUGUUACACUCUUCCACCAAGGCACCUGCAAGUUCCCGGACAUUUCUGGGGGGGAAUGGCCCUAGCCCUCACCCUCCGAUCCAACAGGUCCCAGACGUGGUCAAUGGGAUUGAGAUCCGGCCUCUUCGCUGGCCAUGGCAGAACACUGACAUUCCUGUCUUGCAGGAAAUCAGCCAUACUGCUCGUUCUGUGCAUGGUGGCAUUGUCAUGCUGGAGGGUCAUGUCAGGAUGAGGCUGCAGGAAGGGUACCACAUGAGGGAGGAGGAUGUCUUUCCUGUAACGCACAGCGUUGAGAUUGCCUGCAAUGACAACAAGCUCAGUCCGAUGAUGCUGUGACACACCGGCCCAGACCAUGACGGACCCUCCACCUCCAAAUUGAUCCCGCUCCAGAGUACAGGCCUCGGUGUAACGCUCAUUCCUUCGACAAUAAACGUGAAUCCGACCAUCACCCCUGGUGAGACAAAACCGCGACUCGUCAGUGAAGAGCACUUUUUGCCAGUCCUGUCUGGUCCAGCGAAGGUGGGUUUGUGCCCAUAGGCGACGUUGUUGCCGAUGAUGUCUGGUGAGGACCUGCCUUACAACAGGCCUACAAGCCCUCAGUCCAGCCUCUCUCAGCCUAUUGCGGACAGUCUGAGCACUGAUGGAGGGAUUGUGCGUUCCUGGUGUAACUCGGGCAGUUGUUGUUGCCAUCCUGUACCUGUCCCGCAGGUGUGAUGUUCGGAUGUACCGAUCCUGUGCAGGUGUUGUUACACGUGGUCUGCCACUGCGAGGACGAUCAGCUGUCCGUCCUGUCUCCCUGUAGCACUGUCUUAGGCGUCUCACAGUACGGACAUUGUAAUUUAUUGCCCUGGCCACAUCUGCAGUCCUCAUGCCUCCUUGCAGCAUGCCUAAGGCACGUUCACGCAGAUAAGCAGGGACCCUGGGCAUCUUUCUUUUGGUGUUUUUCAGAGUCAGUAGAAAGGCUUCUUUAGUGUCCUAAGUUUUCAUAACUGUGACCUUAAUUGCCUACCGUCUGUAAGCUGUUAGUAUCUUAACGACCAUUCCACAGGUGCAUGUUCAUUAAUUGUUUAUGGUUCAUUGAACAAGCAUGGGAAACAGUGUUUAAACCCUUUACAAUGAAGAUCUGUGAAGUCUUUUGGAUUUUUACAAAUUAUCUUUGAAAGACAGGGCCCUGAAAAAGGGACAUUUCUUUUUUUGCUGAGUUUAUACUGAGGAGUGGUUUCCUAGACACAGGUUAAGCCUAGUCCUGGACUAAAAAGCUACUUCAAUGGAGCAUGCGCUUUAGUCCAGCACUUGGCUUAAUCUGUGUCCUGGAAAUCGAUAUUGAUUGUAUCAGCACAAAAACACACUGGUAACUGACAUGGUAACUGAAAAGAGGGAUAAAAAAAUAAUUCAGUGAACAAUACAUUACAACAUAUACAGUACAAUAUAGUGUAAGGUGCAACAUAUAGCAGCCACAGUAACAGCUGUGUUUAACCUUUAGUGUCAGUUUAGUGUGGCUUAAUCACCCCUGGCAUGACCCUACCCCUUUAAUCCAACAAAUCAUGCGCAGGGAGGAAUGCUCUCCAUGGGCUACAGUGUGUGCUGGUGGCCUCCCAGCUCUGAAAGAAUGGGUUAUGGGGAACCAUGUAGGGAUCAGCAGUAAGAUCACAGCAGAUUAAGGGUUACAUCUAGCAUGUCCUAACAUAAUCCAUAUGUUCCUUUUAUAUCUCCAAGGUAAAGAUGUGUUAGUAGCAGAUUUUACAUUGACACGGCUUUAUCUGUUGGACUGGUACAAUAGUCAUAUGUCUGUCAGGGUGUGUGUGUUACAGCACUAUCUGGGAGAUCCUGGAUCGCUGCACAGUGGUGUGAAAUCCCCACAGCGUUUAAGGGAUUGACAAACAUACACACUUACAGAUACACUCCCUUACAAACAUACUCUCUCUCUCGCAGACAUGUGUUUGUGUGCAGUGGUGUAAAGUAACUAAGUAAAAAUACUUUGAAGUAAUACUUAAGUAGUUUUUUGGGGUAUAUGUACUUUACUAUUUAUAUUUUUGACAACUUUCACUUUUACUCUACUACAUUCCUAAAGGAAAUAUGUACUUUUUACUCCCAUACAUUUUCCCUGACACCCAAAAGUACUCCUUACAUUUUGAAUGCUCAUGCAGGACAGCAACAUUGUCCAAUUCACACACUUACAGUGCCUUCAGAAAGUAUUCACACCACUUGACUUUUUCCACAUUUUAUUGUGUUACAACCUGAAUUUUAAAUUGAUUAAUUAAAUUGAGAUUUAGUGUCACUGGCCUACACAUGUCAGAGUGGAAUUAUGUUUUUAGAAAAUAUUUUCAAAUUCAUAAAUAAUUAAAAGCUGAAAUGUCUUGAGUCAAUAAGUAUUGAACCCCUUUGUUAUGGCAAGCCUAAAUACGUUCUGGAGUAAAAAUGUGCUUUAAAAGUCACAUAAUAAAAUGCAUUGACAAUAAUAGUGUUUAACAUGAUUUCUGAAUGACUGCCUCAUCUCUGUACCCCACACAUACAAUUAUCUGUAAGGUCCCUCAGUCGAGCAGCGAAUUUCAAACAGAUUCAACCACAAAGACCAGUCGAGGUAUACCAAAACUUUUUUGAUAUACUAAGAGGACCGUUAUUAGCAUGUUUUAACCACUCCUAUGUAAAUGGUAGAUUAUCUGACACUCAAGAAGAAGGUCUGAUCUCAUUAUUACUGAAAUGGGAUACAAGUGGAAAAUAUAAAGAUCCAGUCCAUUAAAAAAAUUGGAGGCCCCCUUACACUUCAGUGUUGUGAUGCAGAAAUUCUAGAAAAAAAUGUAUAGCGCAUAGAAUUAAAAAGGUAUUGUCGGAUAUUAUUCAUUCUAAUCAGACAGGUUUUUUACAUGGAAGAUACAUUGGAGAUAAUAUAAGGCAAGUAUUGGAAACAAUAGAACACUAUGGAAAAUAUGGGAAACCAGGCCUGCUAUUCAUAGCAGACUUCGAAAAAGCAUGUGAUAAAGUACGACUGGGGUUUAUAUAUAAAUACCUGUAGCAUUUCGAUUUUGGAGAAUCUCUUAUAAAAUGGGUCAAAAUCAUGUAUAGUAACCCUAGGUGUAAAAUAGUAAAUAAUGGCUAUUUCUCAGAAAGUUUUAAACUGUCAAGAGGAGUGAAACAAGGUUGUCCACUAUCGGCAUAUCUAUUUAUUGUGGCCAUUGAGAUAGCUAUUUUAAUAGCUAUUAAAAUCAGAUCCAAUAAUAAUAAUAUCAGAGGAUUAGAAAUCCAAGGCUUAAAAACAAAGGUGUCAUUGUACGCUGAUGAUUCAUGUUUUCUUUUUAAAUCCACAACUAGAAUCCCUCCACAGCCUCAUAGAGGAUCUAGAUACAUUUUCUAACCUCUCUGCAUUACAACCAAAUUAUGAUAAAUGUACUAUAUUACGUAUUGGAUCACAAGAAAAUACAAUUUUUACAUUACCAUGUAGUUUACCAAUAAAAUGGUCUGAUGGUGAUGUGGAUAUACUCAGAAUACAUAUCCCAAAGGAAAUAAAUGAUCUCACUUCAAUACAUUUGAAUAGAAAGUUAGCAAAAAUAGAUAAGAUCUUGCUACCAUGGAAAGGUAAAUACCUGUCAAUUUGUGGAAAAAUCACCCCGAUUAACUCUUUAGUAUUAUCCCAGUUUACCUAUUUGCUUAUGGUCUUGCCUAAGCCUAGCGAACAGUUUUUUAAAUUAUAUGAGUAAAAAAUAUUCAAUUUUAUUUGGAACGGCAAGCCAGACAAAAUUAAAAGGGCCUAUUUAUAUAAUGAAUAUGAAUUCGGAGGACAGAAAUUAUUAAAUAUUAAAGCAUUAGACCUAUCACUAAAAGCUUCAGUCAUACAAAAGUUACUUAAAUCCGAACUGGUUCUCAAGCAAAUUAGUAAGAUUGUCUCCCCCAAUGUUCAAGAAUGGCCUUUUUCCCUUUAUUCAGAUUACAACCACUCAUUUUCAGUUAUUUGAAAAGGAAAUCAUCUCCCAAAUAUCACUAUUUCUAAAACAAGCCAUAGAAAGUCGGUUGCAAUUUCAAUUUAAUCCUCUAGAAACGACAGAACAAAUAAUGCAACAAAUAUUGUGGUUAAAUUCAAAUAUACUAAUUGACAAAAAACCUUUAUUUUUUGACAGAAUGUUUAAAAAGGUAUAAUCUUCGUAAAUGAUAACAUCGGUAGGACUGGUGGAGUUGUCGCACAUGCAGCUAACAAAAACAUAUGGAAAUGUCUGCUCUACCCAAAAUUACAACCAAAUAAUUGCAGCCUUACCGCAAAAAUGAAAGAGGAAAGUGGAAGGGGGAGAAAGUAAGGAACUUGUCUGUCUGCCUUGCAUUAAAUAAUAUAAUUGGUUAAGGAAAACUGUGAUAAAUAAAAAAGUAUAUCAGUUUCACUUCAGGACCAAAGGAUUGACAGCCGUCCCAUAUAGAUUGCAAAAUAGUUGGGAAGAGAUUUUUGACGUACCGAUCCCAUGGCAUAGUGUUUAUGAACUGAUACGCAAAACGACUCCGGAUUCAAAAAUUUGAAUCUUUCAAUUUAAAUUAUUAUAUAAAAAUCUUGCUACCAAUAGAAGGUUAUUUAUAUGGGGGAUAAAUCUUCCCAGCUCUGCAGAUUUUGCUGUGAAGAGACAGAAUCAUUAGAUCAUUUGUUUUGGUUCUGUCCAUUUGUAGCUUGUUUUUGGACACAGGUCCAGGAUUGGCUAAAGGAUUGCAAUAUUUACCUGGAGCUAACCUUGCAGAUAGCAUUACUGGGUGUUCUGAAAAGUCAUAGUCAAUCGAUCAAUAAUAUAAUAAUACUUUUAGCAAAAAUGUUUAUUUUUAAUUCACAAUCUGUAGAAGCAAUGAGAAUAGAAAGGUUCAGAACUUUUGUAAAACAUCACAGUACGGAUGAAAUAUAUAUGGCAAAUAGAAAUCCUAUAUGGAUGGUGUUAAGAGAUAGAUGGGAGGUGUUGAAUGGAGUUGAAGGAUGGGACUAAUAACAAAUAACAACAAAUAAUAACAAGAUAACUAAUUAUGUAAGCAUACUGUGUCCAUAAUAAGUAUAUAGGUUGUAUGUUGGGAGCUUUUGGGAAAGAGCACAGUUAGAAAGAUAUGGCAUAUAGAAGCAAACCGGAUGGACAUCAUGAAAAUGAUCGGAGAGGUUGAGAGUAGAAGAAGUUCAGGAGCAAAAACAAAUAAAAUAGAAUUAUUGUAAAAUUGACUGUGUCCAUAAGGUGUAGAUAGUAAGUAUAGGCUGGAAGUAGAGGCCUGGGCAUUGUUGUUCACUAAUUUACCCCAAGUAGGGAAAGGAUGGCGGGGUUGAAAAGUAAUAAAGGGGAAUAAAUAUGUAAAAAACAUGGGGGAUUGGAAGUGAUGCAGACAAUUACAUUGGUGGAAGUUACAAUCUACAGUGGGGAAAAAAAGUAUUUAGUCAGCCACCAAUUGUGCAUGUUCUCCCACUUAAAAAGAUGAGAGAGGCCUGUAAUUUUCAUCAUAGGUACACGUCAACUAUGACAGACAAAUUGAGGGAAAAAAAUCCAGAAAAUCACAUUGUAGGAUUUUUAAUGAAUUUAUUUGGAAAUUAUGGUGGAAAAUAAGUAUUUGGUCACCUACAAACAAGCAAGAUUUCUGGCUCUCACAGACCUGUAACUUCUUCUUUAAGAGGCUCCUCUCUCCUCCACUCGUUACCUGUAUUAAUGGCACCUGUUUGAACUUGUUAUCAGUAUAAAAGACACCUGUCCACAACCUCAAACAGUCACACUCCAAACUCCACUAUGGCCAAGACCAAAGAGCUGUCAAAGGACACCAGAAACAAAAUUGUAGACCUGCACCAGGCUGGGAAGACUGAAUCUGCAAUAGGUAAGCUGCUUGGUUUGAAGAAAUCAACUGUGGGAGCAAUUAUUAGGAAAUGGAAGACAUACAAAACCACUGAUAAUCUCCCUCGAUCUGGGGCUCCACGCAAGAUCGCACCCCGUGGGGUCAAAAUGAUCACAAGAACGGUGAGCAAAAAUCCCAGAACCACACGGGGGGACCUAGUGAAUGACCUGCAGAGAGCUGGGACCAAAGUAACAAAGCCUACCAUCAGUAACACACUACGCCGCCGGGGACUCAAAUCCUGCAGUGCCAGACAUGUCCCCCUGCUUAUGCCAGUACAUGUCCAGGCCCGUCUGAAGUUUGCUAGAGUGCAUUUGGAUGAUCCAGAAGAGGAUUGGGAGAAUGUCAUAUGGUCAGUUGAAACCAAAAUAGAACUUUUUGGUAAAAACUCAACUCGUCGUGUUUGGAGGACAAAGAAUGCUGAGUUGCAUCCAAAGAACACCAUACCUACUGUGAAGCAUGGGGGUGGAAACAUCAUGCUUUGGGGCUGUUUUUCUGCAAAGGGACCAGGACGACUGAUCCGUGUAAAGGAAAGAAUGAAUGGGGCCAUGUAUCGUGAGAUUUUGAGUGAAAACCUCCUUCCAUCAGCAAGGGCAUUGAAGAUGAAACGUGGCUGGGUCUUUCAGCAUGAUAAUGAUCCCAAACACACCGCCCGGGCAACGAAGGAGUGGCUUCGUAAGAAGCAUUUCAAGGUCCUGGAGUGGCCUAGCCAGUCUCCAGAUCUCAACCCCAUAGAAAAUCUUUGGAGGGAGUUGAAAGUCCGUGUUGCCCAGCGACAGCCCCAAAACAUCACUGCUCUAGAGGAGAUCUGCAUGGAGGAAUGGGCCAAAAUACCAGCAACAGUGUGUGAAAACCUUGUGAAGACUUACAGAAAACGUUUGACCUGUGUCAUUGCCAACAAAGGGUAUAUAACAAAGUAUUGAGAAACUUUUGUUAUUGACCAAAUACUUAUUUUCCACCAUAAUUUGCAAAUAAAUUCCUAAAAAAUCCUACAAUGUGAUUUUCUGGAAAAAAAAAUCUCAUUUUGUCUGUCAUAGUUGACGUGUACCUAUGAUGAAAAUUACAGGCCUCUCUCAUCUUUUUAAGUGGGAGAACUUGCACAAUUGGUGGCUGACUAAAUACUUUUUUCCCCCACUGUAUCUGCAAUAUUAAGCUGAUCUACCCACCCCCAAAAAAAAAUAAAAAAAAUAAAUAAAUAAAUAAAAUGAUCAGGCAGGUUUUCCAAUACCCCGCAAAGAAAGGCUCCUAUUGGUAAAUGGGUAUAAAAAAGCAGACAUUGACUAUCCCUUUGAGCAUGGGUAAGUUAUUAAUUACACUUUUGAUGGUGAAUCAAUACACCCAGUCACUACAAAGAUACAGGCAUCCUUCCUAACUCAGUUGCCGGAGAGGAAGGAAACCGCUCAGGGAUUUCCCCAUGAGGCCAAUCGUAACUUUAAAACGGUUACAGAGUUUAACAGCUGUGAUAAGAGAAAACUGAGGAUGGAUCAACAACAUUGUAGUUACUCCACAAUACUAACCCUAAAUGACAGAGUAAAAAGAAGGAAGCCUGUGUAGAAAAAAAUAUAUUCCAAAACAUGCAUUUGCAAUAAGGCACUAAAGUAAAACUGCAAAAAAUGUGGCAAAGAAAUGAACUUUAUAUCCUGAAUACAAAGUGUUAUGUUUGGGGCAAAUCCAACACAACACAUCACUGAGUAACACUCUUCAUAUUUUCAAGCAUGGUGGUGGCUGCAUCAUGUUAUGGGUAAACUUGUCAUCGGCAAGGACUAGGUUUUUUUUGUUGAUAAAAAUAAACGGAAUAGAGCUAAGCACAAAACCUGUUUCAGUCUGCUUUCCAACAGACACUGGGAGACCUUUCAGCAGGACAAUAACAUAAAACACAAGGUGAAAUAUACACUGCAGUAGCAAAGACAACAUUAAAUGUUCCUGAGUGGCCUAGUUACAGUUUUGACUUAAAUCAGCUUGAUAUAUAUAUAGCAAGACUUGAAAAUGGCUGUCUAGCAAUGAUCAACAACCAACUUGACAGAGUUUGAAGAAUUUAAAAAAGAAUAAUCUGCAAAUAUUGUACAAUCCAGGUGUGGAACGCUCUCAGAGAUUUACACAGAAAGACUCACAGCUCUAAUCGCUGCUAAUGGUGAUUCUAACAUGCAUUGACUCAGGGGUGUGAAUACUUAUGUAAAUGAAUUAUUUCUGUAUUUAAUUUUCAAUACUUUGCAAAAAUGUCUAAAAUCAUGUUUUCACUUUGUCAUUAUAGGGUAUUGUGUGUAGAUGGGUGAGAAAAAAAUAAUAUUUAAUCAAUUUUGAAUUCAGGCUGUAACACCAAAAUGUGGAAUAAGUCAAGGGGUAUGAAUACUUUCUGAAGGCACUGUAUAAUAUAACGCGUUGUCAUCCCUACUGCUUCUGACCUUGCGGACUCACUAAACACAAAUACCGGGGUUGUAAAUGAUGCCUGAGUGUUGGAAUGUGACCCUGGCUGCAUGUACAUAAAUAAAAAACAAGACAAUUGUGGCGUCUGGUUUGGUUAAUAUAAGGAAUUUGAUGUAUAGCAUUUACUUUUUACAUUUACUCAAGUAUGACAAUUGAGUACUUUUCCCACCACUGUACUUAAGUACAUUCAAAACCAGAUACUACCUCAAGUAGUAUUUUACUGGGUGACUUUCACUUUUACUUGAGUCAUUUUCUAUUAAGGUAUCUUAAUUUUUACUGUGUGUGUGUGUGCGAGCCUGCACUGCAAAACCUAACAAUGCAUCUUACUAAAUGAAUUAAAUAUAUGUUACUCAAAUGUUACACACACAAAAAAAAGGUUAAACACAGUACAAUUACAGCGAUCAUCAUUAUAAUAUAAUAUAAUAUGCCAUUUAGCAGACGCUUUUAUCCAAAGCGACUUACAGUCAUGUGCGCAUACAUUGUUACGUAUGGGUGGUCCCGGGGAUCGAACCCACUACCCUGGCGUUACAAGUGCCAUGCUCUACCAAUUGAGCUACAAAGGACCGCUAUUAUAAAAAGUGAUGUCCUGUAAUUUGUGUGUGUGUGAUGUCCAGCUGCAUGUUGAUAGUGUUUGAGACCAUGUGAAUUAUGGAACCUUAGCUAAUGUUACUUUAAUCCAAAGCCCCUCUUCAAAGAGCCUGCCCUCUCUCUCUCUCUCUCUCUCUCUCUCUCUUCUUCCCUCCCCCUCUCUCUCAGCUUUUCCUGUCUCCUGUCUGCUCUCUCCUUGCCCCUCUGUCUUCCUCUCUCGUUUCCCCUCUCUCUCCAUCUCUUGUCCUUUGUCUUUUUCUCUCACUAUCUCUUUCUACCUCCCCACUCCUAUGCCAGUCAGCUGAUGAGGAAACUGAAAGAGAGUGGUGCAUCUCAUAAACUAUUAAUUACCCAUCCUCCCUCCCUCCUCCUAGUCUGUCUCUCUCUUUGGAGGGGGGAGGACAAGGCGUGAGGGGAUAAGGAGAGAAGGAGGAUGAGAAAGUGAGAGGGAGGAUGUAGACAAUAAGGGAAUGAAGGGAGGACAAGGGUUGUUGGGGAAGAGAGGAAAUACAAGAAGGAGAGAUGUAGUAGCUACCUCCUUUCAUCCUUCUCUAUGUUGUUGUUGCUACUUCAGAGCAGAGUGACUAAGCCAUAUCCUCACCGCUCACACUGUUCAAAGCUCACAGAAAGCAGACAGACUGAGCCUCUAGGGCCACAGAAGCAGUGUCUGAAAUCCUCUUUUAAGCAGUGAGUGGCUUUUCAUUCAGACACACUGACACCACCAAGUCUUCCAAAUGGACGAAUACUGAGUCUCUCUCACACUCACACACACACACACACACACACACACACACACACACACACACAAACGCCAAAACUACACAUCGAAGUAUAAUUGACCAAAUUAUGAAAGACAAGCAUCGUAAUUUCCAAUUCCGUAAAGUGAAAAAAAGUAUUGUUGUCUAUCACCAAUGACAAGCCACCGGGGUCUGACAACUUGGAUGGAAAAUUACUGAAGAUAAUACUGGACGAUAUCGCCACUCCUAUUUGCCAUAUCUUCAAUUUAAGCCAACUAGAAAGUGUGUGCCCUCAGGCCUAGAGGGAAGCAAAAGUAAUUCUGCUACCUAAGAAUAGUAAAGCCCCCUUUACUGGCUCAAAUAGCCGACCAAUCAUCCUGUUACCAACUCUUAGUAAACUUUUGGAAAAAUUGUGUUGGACCAGAUACAAUGCUAUUUUACAGCAAACAAAUUGACAACAGACUUUUAGCAUGCUUAUAGGGAAGGACAUUCAACAAGUACAGCACUUAUACAAACGACUGAUGAUUGGCUGAGAGAAAUUGAUGAUACAAAUAUUGUGGGGGCUGUUUUGUUAGACUUCAGUGCAGCUUUUGACAUUAUCGAUCAUAGUCUGCUGCUGGAAAAACGUAUGUGUUAUGGCUUUACACCUCAUGCUAUAUUGUGGAUAAAGAGUUACCUGUCUAACAGAACACAGAGGGUGUUCUUUAAUGGAAGUCUCUCCAACAAAAUCCAGGUAGAAUCAGGAAUUCCCCAGGACAGCUGUCUAGGCCCUUUACUUUUUCAAUCUUUACUAACGACAUGCCACUGGCUUUGAGUAAAGCCAGUGUGUCUAUGUAUAUGGAUGACUCAACACUAUACACGUCAGCUACCACAGCGACUGAAAUGACUGCAACACUUAACAAAGAGCUGCAGUUAGUUUCAGAAUCGGUGGCAAGGAAUAAGUUAGUCCUAAAUAUUUCAAAAACUAAAAGCAUUGUAUUUGAGACAAAUCAUUCACUAAACCCUGAACAUCAACUAAAUCUUGUCAUUAAUAAUGUGGAAAUUGAGCAAGUUGAGGUGACUAAACUGCUUGGAGUAACCCUGGAUUGUAAACUGUCAAGGUCAAAACAUGCUGACACAACAGUAGCUAAGCCUUCUUAACAACACUAUCAUCAAGGCAGGUCCUACAGGCCCUAGCUUUGUCGCACCUGGACUACUGUUCAGUCUUGUGGUCAAUUACAAUUAGGUCAGAACAGGGCAGCACAGCUGGACUUUAAAUGUACACAGAAAGUUAACAAUAAUAUGCAUGUCAAUCUCUCAUGGCUCAAAGUGGAGGAAAGACUGACUUUAUCACUAUUUGUUUUUGUAAGAAGUUUUGACAAGCUGAAUGCACCGAGUCCAGAAUAGACUAUGGGAGGCGCACAGUACUACAUAGAGACAUGACUACAUGGAACUCUAUUCCACAUCAGGUAACUGAUGCAAGCAGUAGAAUCAGAUUUAAAAAAAACUGAUAAAAAUACAACUUAUGGAACAGCAGGGACUGUGAAGAGACACACAAACAGGUACAGACACACGCAUAUGCACACAAACGCUAGCACAUGCAAUCUACACUCACAUACAUUGUAAUAUUGUUGUAUGGUGGUAUUAUACAUUUUGUAUAAUGGCCAUUAAUAUGGAGUUGGUCCCCCCUUUGCUGCUAUAACAGCCUCCACUCUUCUGGGAAAGCUUUCCACUAGAUGUUGGAACAUUGCUGUGGGGACUUGCUUCCAUUCAGCCACAAGAGCAUUAGUGAGGUCUGGCACUGAUGUUGGGCGAUUAGGCCUGGCUAGCAGUCGGCAUUCCAAUUCAUCCCAAAGGUGUUCGAUGGGGUUGAGGUCAGGGCUCUGUGCAGGCCAGUCAAGUUCUUCCACACCGAUCUUGACAAACCAUUUUUGUAUGGACCUCGUUUUGUGCACAGGGGCAUUGUCAUGCUGAAACAGGAAAGGGCCUUCCCCAAACUCUUGCCACAAAGUUGGAAGCACAGAAAUGUCUAGAAUGUCAUUGUUUGCUGUAGCGUUAAGAUUUACCUUUAGUGGAACUAAGGGGCCUAGCCCGAACCAUGAAAAACAGCCCCAGACCAUUAUACCUCCUCCACCAAACUUUACAGUUGGCACUACGCAUUGGGGCAGGUAGCGUUCUCCUGGCAUCCACCAAAUCCAGAUUCGUCCGUUGUACUGCCAGAUGGUGAAGCGUGAUUCAUCACUCCAGAGAACGCAUUUCCACUGCUCCAGAGUCCAAUGGCGGUGAGCUUUACACCACUCCAGCUUUACACCACUCCAUUGCGCAUGGUGAUCUUAGGCUUGUGUGCGGCCAUGGAAACCCAUUUCAUGAAGCUCCCGAUGAACAGUUCUUGUGCUUCCAGAGGCAGUUUGGAACUCGGGUAGUGAGUGUUGCAACCGAGGACAGACGAUUCUUACGUGCUUCAGCACUCGGCAGUCCCGUUCUGUGAGCUUGCGUGGCCUAUCAAUUCAAGGCUGAGCCGUUGUUGCUCCUAGAUGUUUCCACUUCACAAUAACAGCACUUACAGUUGACCGGGGCAGCUCUAGCAGGGCAGAAAUUUGACGAACUGACUUGUUGGAAAGGUGGCAUCCUAUGACCGUGCCAUGUUGAAAGCCACUGAGCUCUUCAGUACGGCCAUUCUACUGCCAAUGUUUGUCUAUGGAGAUUGCAUGGCGGUGUGCUCGAUUUUAUACACCUGUCAGCAACGGGUGUGGCUGAAAUAGCCGAAUCCACUCAUUUGAAGGGGUGUCCAUAUACUUUUGUAUAUAUAGUGUAUGUAGUGGUAAAAUAAUUGUAUAUGUACUGUUUUAUAUUUGGUUUUAUGUGUGAUGUAAGUGCCUUAAUGUGUUUGGACCCCAGGAAGAGUAGCUGCUGCCUUGGCAGCAGCUAAUGUGGAUCCCUAAUAAAUACAAAUACCUCCCUCCCAUGUUACCCCAUGUAUCCUUGCAGACAUCUGUCCCUUCGUCUGUCUUUACAUCUGUCAGCGGGACUCAGACACACACGCAUACACACAGAAACCACACACACAUGCGCACACACACCCGCACACACACACACACACACACACACAGACAGACAAAUAUGAAAGCACAGCACGAGGCUCAUCGAUGAGCAAAUCAGCCAUUAAAGAUAUACUGAGGCUAUUCUGAAGGAGGAAAGCUGCUGACACACACACGCACACAAACACCUGCCAAAACAUUCAAGCAGCCAACCACAAAGCCAGAGUCAAAACCCAAAUACACACACAGGCACAACAACCACAACUCAAAACACGCACCCAUGCACGCAUAAACAAUCGUACCCACAUGUGCGCACACACACUUUAAAAAGCACUCACCCCUAUCCCUUGAGUCGAACACCUCUACAGGCUAGAAAAAGGUCAGCAGACACACAAACGCGCGUGGCUGGUUCGUUUGAAGGUCAGACAGUCGUGAGUUCAUAACACACACACACACAGAGUGCUUAACCAUCACAUCCCUAUGCGUUGCCAAUACAGUGCUUCUCUAUGUGGCUGAAGAGACAAUGCAUUCCUAUGGGGACUGGAUGGAUGGAUGGAUGGAUAGAUGGGUGGAAUGGGUGAGUAGGAGACAGGAGAGAAGAGGAUCAGAUGGGGAGAAAAAACUAUAAGAGCGAAGAGGAGAAUAAAUACUAUAUGAAGAGGAAAGGGGUGAAAUAUGAUAUGAAAGAAAAAGGACAAAAGAGGGGGAGCCAGAGAGAAGAGGGGAAAACAGGGAAUAGAAAGGUGGAGGACAGGUGUAGGAGAAAAGAGAGGAGGAUAUGAUAGAGGCACAGUUAUUAUUAGUCGUGUAAUACAGUGCUUCUCUCUCAGGUGAUCAGCUCAUGCCUCCUGAAUCCAGUGUGUGUGUGUGUGUGUGUGUGUGUGUGUGUGUCGCGUGCUUGUGCGUGUCUGUGUUUGUGUUUCAUCCCUCCUGAAUCUCUGUAAGAAAAGCUGGGUCACUUCACUAAUCCACUGCAGCUAAGGCACAGUACAGCUCACACCACUGUAGCAGCCCACAUGAAAAAAUACUAUAGUAUACUGUAGUAUUACUAUAUUUAUAUACUAUAGUAUUCACUAUAGUGUUUUUGGGAAAGCUUGGUGAUGAGCUUGGCGGGCACUAUGGUGCACUAGGUGUUCCUCUUAUCCAGGUGGGCGAGGGCAUUGUGUAGUAUAGUAUUCUACAGUAUACUAAAAAAUACUAUAGUAAGCACUACACGAUCGAGGGAUACUACAGUGUGGAGUAUAAUAUUCUACAGUAUACUACAAAAUUAUGUAGUAAGCACUACAUGAUUGAGGAAUACUGCAGUGUGGGGUAUAGUAUUCUACAGUAUACUACACAAUAAUAUAUAAUUUUAUACUAAGUACUUUAGUAUUUUAUAUUAAACUGUAGUAUUUUCUAUGUGGGAUAGCACAGUACACACUCAAUCUAGAUCAUAUGGUGGAUGCUAAGUGGGAUCCUUGGGACAACCCUACCCUAAAUCCUAACCCUGACCUUAACCAUAACCCUUACUUAACCCUUACCUUAACCGUUUUAAAUUAAAUCAACUUCAAUGGGGUGACGUCAGAGUUGGGUCGUCACAAGCAUGCCAUUUAGCAUUUACCGAUCAUAUGCACAUUCCAAAUUCCACCACAGACAGAGUGGCUUCAUUCAAUCACACCAGCACUGGGGAAAACCUCACCGCUGCAACACAGACAGCUGCAUUCACUCAGUGAAGCGGGUGCAGGUGAUAUGUUGCUGCAGCUGCUGCUAUGCUUUAUCCCAUGUACCAACAUACUUUGUCAGGUGACAAAGUAAGAUGAAAACACACCUUCUUCCACGGUGGAGUCUAGCUGGGUGACUUUGACAGCCAGUAGGUCUACUCUCUCCUGUAGGUUGUUCAUUCUCAUGUAGAAGCUGUUGGCUUCGUUGAACAGCUCUCCAAAGAUGUCCUCCGCAUGACGACCUGCAGAUUGAAGAGACACAUUAGUACACAGGAUAACACAAACACACACACACACACACACACACACAACUUAAUCAAUGGGCAGGGAUUCUCCAUCGUCUCACUGCAGGGUGUUGUGCCCCCUGCAGAGCUACUGUCUGACAUCUAGCAGAGAACAAUACAUUAUAGUCUGCCUGCCCCACAGUGUGUGUGUGUGUACCUUGUCAAGGGACCCUGCAUAUCCCCAGUGGAAGAUAUAACAAUAUAAAUUAAAACAACAGCACCUACUGUAACAUUGCUGGGUGCUAUGUCAGGUUAUUGUUUAGAUAUAAGGACUUCUCAUUGUUAUAGCACUGAUACAUAUAGACAUAUUGUACCACACAUCAAUAAUGUAGUCUAACACAGAGUGAAGGUGGUUUCAAAGUGCACUUCAGUCAUUGUCUCUAGGGUGGAUAGGUGGUGGAGGUCUGAGUUGUCUUUUAGUCUAAUGAAGCUUCUCUGUCAAAGGAAUACCUUUAGACCACAAUAACAAGGUGUACUUACUCCACUAUGCAAGGGAUUCUACACUAAAGAGUACACAUUAGCAACCACUUGUGCAGAGGCUACUGGUAUGACUAACUGCCACUCUGCCUAACAGCGUGUUUAUUCCAAUUUAAUAAAUACAUAAUAUCUCCUUAGACACUAAGUCUUUAGAUAUUGCUGCUAUCCCAUAGAAGCCAUAGGGCAAAGCUGGGGGAAUGUAGAGCCACAAAUACUGACAAUUAGCAUUAGCUUCAAGAGUCAGACUACUGGUAAGUGUCCAUUAUUAUUAUCUACAGGUGUCUGGGUCAGAAAGUCAAGUUAAUCUAUUCCCAUCUCUACAGUAGAGAGUCACACUCUGAACCUCUAUAGCAUACCUGAUCAGCAUACAGGAUAACCCUAUAGGAGAUCAGGAUAACACUAGGAGGCACAGACCAGACCAAUAGGAGCACGGAACAUGGCCUCACAUGUUAAAACCAUGCUGCUAUCUGUCUCUCUCCUGCCCUUCACUGAUGUGUUUAUUUCACACACACACACAGUCACACACAUAACCCCCCCCCACCCCACCCACACACCUCUCUAUCCUCCCCUACGCGCGCGCACACACACAACUUACUAAGGCUGCCAAGCUGUUUGAUGAUGGCAGCGAGGGUGCUGUUGGUAACACACUCCAGUUCACUGGUGACUCCAUCGGGUACUGCACCUCGACACAGGUGUCUAGGCUCUAUACUGCGCUUUACCAACGGCAUGGUUUAUCUAUGGGGAGAGAGAAGUACAAGAAAGAGUGAGAAAUGGACAGAGAGAGAGAGAGAGAGACACAGGUGUCUGUCCUCUAUACUGCAUUUUACCAAUGGCAUGGUGAUUCACCUCGGGGAGAGAGAUGGAGAGGGAGGUGUAAGGAGAGGUAGAGAAAAAGGAAGGAGGGAAGGAGGAAGAGAAGGAGGGAGAGAGAGAGAGAGAGAGAGAGAGAAAGCGAGACAGAUAGAGGACAAGGUGAGAGGGAGGGAGGGAGGCAUUUGGAUUGACAGGAUGACAAAAAAGGAAGGGUAGAAGGAGAGUUAGACAUAAAGGAAGAAAGAUAAGUAGGGAGGGUGAAAAGAAGCACAGGCAAAGGAUAAAUCAAAGUGAGCAUCACAGAAGCCAUGAUAUUGCAAGACACACAAACUAAUCAACUCAAUCAGACAGCCAGAUCUGAUAUCUACUGUGAUUAAUUAAUACAAACUUACCUCUAAUCAGCCUCUAGGCCACAGAGAUAACUUUCCCCACUGACUUAGAGACAGUGAUCUGAUCUGUAAUCAGUGUUAGUGUAACUGAACUGAGCUGAGUGACUGGCUCUGUUAACAUUGUCGGGCCCCCGCGGCCCAGUUGCCUGUCAAGCUGCUUCGUGUCAGUGCGACUGGGAUCCGUGCAGGGUCCAAUGGGCCGGAAUGGUUGGCACAGUGCUAACUGCCACAGCUUGUGCUGCUACUGCUGGGCUGUCAUAUCACUGGUGAGAGGACAGAAUUUGGAGAGCCCCUGAAUGUGUACCAAAUGGCACCCUGUUCCCUAUAGUGCACUACUUUUGACCAGAUCCCUAUGGACCCUGGUUGAAAGUAGUGCACUAUAAAGGGAAUAGUACGCCAUUUGGAAUGCAACUAUCACAUGAUAGGGGAGCACAAUGUCCUUGUGGAAAGAGACGGAAAAACUCUGCUGUGAAGAACUCUCUCUUCUCCCUUUCUUUCUCUGCCUCCCUCUCUCCAAAUAAGCUACACAUGAGAUGGAACUGUAGCUCCUCUCUCUCUCUCUUCUGAGAGCUGUUCUGUAUUUGGUCCAUGGCCUCUUCUGCCCUGGGAUUUUAACUGUGACGGUGUGUGAUGUGUGUCAGACCAGUGUGUAUGUGUGUGUGUGUGUAUAUAUGUGUGUGUGAGAAGAUAUCAUGCCAGUUAUCUAUGUGAUAGUAAUUGUGACGGUGAUUAUCUUGGAAGUGUGUGAGAGUGUGUGGAAUGGCUGACUUCCACAGCACUGACCGGAGAAAACACACAGAGACACAUACUGCCUGCCAACUGAGAUGGAAAAAGGGAACCAGGGCACAAAUGAAACGUGAUGAUGAGCUCCCUUUAUGUGUGUGUGUGCUGGUUGUUUGGUUUGUCCCAAUUGAGCCGUGCCUGUCAUCCUAACAGAUAGAGAGAGGACAGACAGGUCACUAGCCCACUCCAUCUUUCUUCCUCUCCCUCUCUUUUUCAACACAGUUGUAAUCGAACCUGGCACUCUAUUACACAGACCACUUCAAUGUCCCGGACAAUGUGUGUGUGUGUGUGUGUGUGUGUGUGUGUGUGUGUGUGAGUGAGUGAGUGAGUGAGAGUAGUGAGUUGUAUAAGUACAUCAGGUCUCAACAGUAAGCAUGUCAGUAAUCAUUACGCUUUCCCUGUAAACAAAAUAUUCACACACUCCGGUCUUCCUCUCAUCUCAUCUCUCUGUCAUCUCUCUCUCUCAUCUCUCUCGCCCCAUUAAUAAACCAGUACAACUGAAUAACCAACCAACCACCCCACUACCACCCCCACCCCAGGCACUUCUUAUUGCCCUUGAGUGGGUAUAUCCCCAUUCCCUAGAGGGUUGUAGCGUGUGUGUGUAUGAGAUCAUCUUUACUCGAGCAUGAGUAAUGCCGCCGGUGUGUGUGUGUGUUGUAGUGGGAAUUUUAAUCAAUAAUGAGGAGCGACAGGGUCAAUCACCAAUCAGGAUAUUACUUUAUUCAAAACGUAUCAAUAAGGCAAUAAACGAGGCUGGUCGGCUCAACAGUCUUCACUGUUGGCUGAGAGCCCCGACACAAAGAAUACAAAGAUCUUUUAUAGCAAAGAUACACCCUCUUAGUCUACAUGACAAACAACAGAUGUAUGGAAUGGGUCACAAGGGGAGACUUGAUAUAUGAGAAAGGAGUAUCCCCCAGACAGAUAGCAUUUGCUAUGAAUACUGUUCUUAUUGUACAGAAACCAGAGUUUGGCCCCUAAGACAAGGUUCCUCUCAUCAUUAUCCAUACCCGAGCCAUCUCUCCCUGGUACCUCAUUACACAAACACCAACUCAUUCUAUGGAAUGCCUGCUGUAGGUUUUAUCACCUAAGGCAUCGUAAAUCUACUGUCAGUGUUAACACAGACACAUGAGAGUUCUAAGAACCCUAUUCUAUUGCAGAAAACAACCAUUUGAUACAAUAACAGUAUUAUAGCAUAAUCUUGUAAUUUCUGUGUGAGUAAUGUGUAGAGGCGGUGUCGAGGUCACUCAGAAGAGUAGAGAUCACACACACAGCCUCUCUUCAUCCCUUUAACCUCGCUCUCUCUCUCUCUCUCUCUCUCCAUUUUAGUCAUUUAGCAGACGCUCUUAUCCGCGACUUUCUUCCUCUCUCCCUUUAUUCCCCCGUCUCUCUUUCUCCCCGGUUUCUCUCUCUCUUCCCUUAACUCAUACCCAGCCAUCGCCUUUGUUUGGCGACGUCUUGAGACACGCAAUGGAGAUGUCUCAUGACGUCUUGAGACACCUUUGUUCUCAAGACACAUUUUGAAGACAUGUCUUGAGACACAGCCUGUGUCUCAAGCAGCCUGAUCACUAGAAAUAGACUUAGAUUUCGGACGUUUGAAAAGGUCCUGAGAACGUCGAUUAAUGCCUUCCUCGACGCUCACCAAAAAAAAAAAAAAAAACGAUUGCCCAGUACUGGGCGCAAACUUGUGAUGCUCAGAGCCAAAGCGUGAUGCUCAGACCACUGCGCUACAGCAGUUCACAAUGCUCUAGCAAGCAGCAAGAAUGUUGAUGAUACAAACCAUAGCCCUGACCUUAACCACUCGGAAUGAAUACCUAAACUGUUAACCUUUGAGUUGUUUCUGUUUUAACGCUUGUAACCACGUGGAAUUAAUGCGUCAAAAAUAUACUUUCAUCCAUAAUACGUCAAAUUUUGAAGGGAAAGUAUGAGUUCCCUUUCAGGCAGUCAACUUUGCUACAAUAUACUAUGGGGAGUCACACCCUCGUGACUUCAGUUGAAGGAUCUACAAUCACGCCUGACACGGCCAUUGAAAUCCGUGCCUCGCUGGAAGCACCGGCUUCCACAGGUGAUAAGCGUGAAGCUCGGAUUCGCUCCUUUAAUUAUUCCGCUCUUCACCUCGGUGUGAACAGGAACGAUUCAUGCUACUAAAACAACCAAUUGGAACAAGGGACUGUCUUACGUUGUACCAACUAAACUGUCUGAUAGUGGUAGAGCAUGCUCACCUGCUGGGCGUUGUGUGCUGAAGUUUCUAGGGUUUUCAUAAGCUUCCUAAUAAUUUACAUUUUAGUCAUUUAGCAGACGCUCUUAUCCAGAGCGACUUACAGUUAGUGAGUGCAUACAUUUUUUCAUACUGGCUCCCCGUGGGAAUCGAACCCACAACCCUGGCGUUGCAAGCGCCAUGCUCUACCAACUGAGCUACAUUAGUUAUUCUUCAAGUUGCUUGGCCUGGCUAUAGCAAUAAGUAACCAAAACGACAAAGGCGAGCAAGCCAGGGUCAGGUUCGACAACCAUGCCCCAAUGAAUUAAAAGAUACUCACGUUUGUUGUCUUGUAUGUCUUGGCUCAGUGCAUGCUCAGGCUGCCGUCACUCGAAUCAGUUCAUGUGGGAGACUAGCGGACCCCUGUUCCCCUACUAGUUCCGUGGCGCAGGUUCUGUUGACAAUCGUGUAGCAUUCUUCAGGGGGCUUGGUGUUUCCGAUAGUGACUUUCUCUCCCGGGGUUCUGACCUCGGCUGAGUCUGACGUGUAGAUGGAUUGGGUCUUUGGUCAGGUCGAAUGUCUCCUGGCUCCUGUGCACUCUGUCGCCGGUUACGGGAGGCUCCUCGAAGAAGAGCGAACAGGUUCUGUGGGUAUCCCCUGCCGCCUGUGUUUGCCUUUGUUAAGCACCGCUUGCCUCUCUUCCCAGAAGGGUCAGGGCCCCACCUCGGUGAUCCGGUCCGAUGUAGACUUUCCGAGACCAGGCUAGCUAACAAGCACUGCAUAGUGUUCUAGCCAGGUUAGAUAACUCGAAGAGGCAAGCUAGCUACUGCUAGCUAUUCCAGCUUCCUAACAGUUGAAUUGCUUAGGUAGCUCUCUUGUUUAGUAUACGUAGCUAGCAUUAAGUCGAUUCGUUAUUCUAAAAUGGACCAUGCUGCGGUCAAAGAGGCUAGCUAGCCUGGCUUAGACUAGAAGCCUCAUCACGUCAGCUAGCAUGCAUAACUUCCGGCAAAUGAAGAUUACUAGCUUUCCCCCGGCGUGAUGGCAAUCACAUUCCUAUUUCCAAUUCCUGGAGUUGGAGAGUGAAGGAAGCGGGUUUUGCGGGCACCUCCGAUGAGGAAGUAGCCUCUGAGCAUUGGACUCGGGUAACCCCUGGAGCGAGGGGCCAUAGCAUUACUGUGACGUCAGUGGCCCCACAUUUGGUUACAGCCAAACGGGGUGCUACGUCAGCCAUUACCAGAGACCCCUGUGUCCAUUAGGGGCCGGGCUUCUUCCAGGCUAUUCAGUCUCACGGAAGCACAACUUAGUUUGGAAACUUGUCCAUGUUUAAAGCCCCUCUGUUACCCCACGUUCCAUGGUGUUCACGGGGUUCAAGGGGUAUAUCAAUCUUAUGGACCGGGCUUCAGGCAAACCUUGGCACAUAAACACAGUUGCAUCAACCCAAAGUUCCACUGUGUUCAUGGGUAUCAAAAGUGUUGUGUCUCCCACGUGGGUGCAAUGAAAAGUGUCCCUUCUCCACAUUCAGACACAUGGUGGUCGAGAAUGCUGGAAAGGGAAAAAUAACAAUUCUCUCCCAGUCCACAAGGUGGCGUCCCACCCCUUCAGAUGGCACUUUAUGGGAGGCUCGCUGUCUGCUCCAACCAAUGGCGUGCAUGCACAAUGUUGCUCUGGAUCAUGCGAACAGUGACAUCGGUGUACAGGUUACAAUUUGCUGCGCGUCCCCCAUGCUUCUGCGGCGUCAUCACUUCAACUGUUCCUGAGGACUCAGUGCCCAUUUUGAGGUAGGGAAUAUCCUCUUUACGCCCCGUUCUAGACUUGUGUCCUUAGCAAGCAUCUCAGAGUUCGCAUAUCCAAAAUGUUCACAAUCCAACGGCUGUUACGGUUUGUGCGUCCCGGCGGUUGGUUCAUCACCAUCAACUUAAAGGAUGCGUACUUUCAUGUGCCCAUGUACCCCAGUUACAGAAAGUUUCUGGGGGGCCAGGGGCUGAGGGUGUUGGCUGAUAGCAGCAGAGUAAUGGGAACAAGCAGUGUUACACACAUCCAGGCUGGUGUCCCAUUUCCAGUCUCUAGGUUUUACUGUAAACCAGAAAAAGAGCUGUCUAACCCCAUUGCUGUAUAUUCCAUUCCUGGGUCUCGAGGUAGGCUCAUGCGUAAAUUGCGCUUUUCUAUCCCCGGAGAGGGUUUCUGGGUUCCAGCUCAACUUGGCCCAAUUUCAGUUGGGGACCACAGUACGUUUUUGCAUGUUCCUGCACCUACUGGGGAUGAUGGCGUCUAUGAUAGUGGUCAUUCCCCUGGGACUAUUAUUUAUGCGGCUGUUCCAGCGCUGUGUGCUAGCCACACGCUUGGAUUCAUCUCGCCACCGAAACCGGUCAUUCAGGUGUCCCCGACAUGCCUUUGAGCACUGGCCAAGUGGAGGGGUCCCUGGCUACUGUCGCAAGGGGUACUCAUGGGCCAGGUGUUGUUCCACAAUAUGGUCACGACAGGGUGGGGCGAACUGUGCGAGGGUUACUCAAUUCGGGGAGUAUGGACGGUGUCACAGAGUGCCUGGCAUAUCAAUUACCUGGAACUUCUGACAAUGUACAUGGCGCUCAGGCGCCUCCUCCUGUGUUUGUCGGGCCGGCAUGUGCUGGUCAGAUCCGACAACAUGACGAUGGUGGCAUACAUCAACAAGCAGGGGGGGACACGGUCGCUCCCCCUCCUCACCUUGGCUCACUUCCUGUUGCUGUGAAGCAGUGCGCAUUUGCUCUCACUUUGGGCAAUGCAUGUUCCCGGUUGGACUGUUGCAAGGUAUACCGGUACCAAUAAUAUCACAGUACCAAAACAUCAUGAUACUUAUGAUACCAACAUUUUAGAGUACCGUUUCAUAUGAUACUACCAACUUUUCCGGCCCCACCGAUCUAAAGAACCCCCUGGCGCCUGUUAUAAAAAUAUAAAAAAAGUUUAUAAAGUCUGUUUUUGAUAUAUUCACGUAAAUUUUUGAAGCAACAGGAACUAGUCUCUUGUAUGCACCGGUCCAAUAAUGUAAUUAAAUAUAAUUUAGCUGUGAUGGUGAGCGGGGAUGGAGACCCUGAUCAGUCUUCUGUUGUUACAUUGGCGCAGAGCAAGCAAAGUUGAUACAUUGUAUAUAAAUUAAUCCCUGGUAUAACCAAGAGCACAGGCCAGUCUGAGUAGGCUUUUCAAGUUCGCUGUCAUGCAGCAGUGCCAGACAGGAAAAACAGCUUCGCGACAGGCAUGCUUGCAGCAUUAUAGCAUAGAAAACGGCAUGUCUCUAGCUCAAAAAAAUAAUCAUAAAAAAGGCUAUAAUCAGAGCAAUCUUUUUUUCUUCCUGCGAGAUUUCACGCGCAUUUGAUACAAUUUCACAAACCACGUUGGGGGCCGUUUUAAACUAAUCCCGACCCGCUAAUUAUUGGUUUGAUAACAAACAACGUUGUUCAGUCAUGUUACCUAGCUAGCUAACAACCUAGUAACUUGACAGUAGGUCUAGGCAUAUUUGGUUAGCACAGGAAGAAAAGAAAAGGGUCUGCUACUCAUGAGAUGUGUUUCAAAGGUAGCAUUCAUAUACAGUGCCUCCAGAAAGUAUUCAUACCUAUUGACUAAUUCCACAUUUUGUUGUGUUAGAGCAUGAAUUCAAAAUGGAGUAAAUAUAUAUUUUUUCUCACCUAUCUACACACAAUACCCCAUAAUGACAAAGUGAAAACAUGUUAAAAAAUGUUUUUGCAAAUGUAUUUCUAAUAAAAUAUUGAAAUAUUUAAUUUACACAAGUAUUCACAACCCUGAGUCAAUAGAUGUUAGAAUCACCCUUGGCAGUGAUUACAGCUGUGAGUCUUUCUGGGUAAGUCUCUAAGAGCUUUGCACACCUAGAUCGUACAAUAUUUGCCAUUAUUAUUUUCUAAAUUAUUCAAGCUCUGUCAAAAUGGUUGUUGACCAUUGAUAGACAACCAUUUUCAAGUCUUGCCAUAGAUUUUCAAGCAGAUUUAAGUCAAAACUUUAACUUGGCCACUCAGGAACAUUUACUGUCUUCUUGGUAAGCAACUCCAGUGUAUAUUUGGCCAUGUGUUUUAGGUUAUUAUCCUGCUGAAUGGUGAAUUUAUCUCCCGGUGUCUGGUGGAAAGCAGACUGAACCAGGUUUUCCUCUAGGAUUUUGACUGUGCUUAGCGCCAUUCUGUUUCUUUUUUAUCCUGAAAAACUCCCCAGUCCUUAUCAAUUACAAGCAUACCCAUAACAUAAUGCAGCCACCACUAUGCUUGAAAAUAUGGAGAGCGGUACUCAGUAAUGUGUUGUAUUGGAUUUACCCCAAACAUAACACUUUGUAUUCAGGACAAAAAGUUAAUUGCUUUGCCACAUUUUUUGCAUUAUUACUUUAGUGCCUUGUUGCAAACAGGAUGCAUGUUUGGGAAUAUUUGUAUUCUGUACAGGCUUCCUUCUUUUCACUCUGUCAAUUAGGGUUAGUAUUGUGGAGUAACUACAAUGUUGUUGAUCCAUCCUCAGUCUUCUCCUAUCACAGCCAUUAAACUAUGUAAAUAUUUUCUCUCACCAUUGACCUCAUGGUGAAAUCCAUGAGUGGUUUCUUUCCUCUCCGGCAACUGAGUUAGGAAGGACGCCUGUAUCUUUGUAGUGACUGGGUGUAUUGAUACACCAUCCAAAGUGUUACUAAUAACUUUACCAUGCUCAAAGGGAUAUUCAAUGUUCUUUUUUAUUUUUAUUUAUUUUUGUAUCUACCAAUAGGUGCCCUUCUUUGCGAGGCAUUGGACAACCUCCCUUGUCUUUGUGGUUGAAUUGGUGUUUGAAAUUCACUGCUCGACUGAAGGACCUUACAGAUAAUUGUAUGUGUGGGGUACAGAGAUGAGGAAGUCAUUAAAAAAUCUGGUUAGAAAUCUGGUUAAACACUAUUAUUGCACAGAGUGAGUCCAUGCAACUUAUUAUGUGACUUGUUAAGUAAAUUCUUACUCCUGAACUUAUUUAGGCUUGCCAUAACAAAGGGGUUGAAAACUUAUUGACUCAAGACAUUUAAGCUUUUCAUUUUUAGUUAAUUAGUAAAACUUUAGAAAAACAGAAUUCCACUUUGACAUUAUCGGGUAUUGUGUGUAGGCCAACGACAACCAUUUUUUAUUCAGGCUGUAAACACAACAAAAUAUGGAAAAAGUUAAGGGGUGUGAAUACUUUGAUGGCACUGUAGGCCUAACUAUAUAUAUAAAAAUAUAUAUAUUUCUGGUGCUCCUUACAUUCUGUUCAGUGCCUAAUGUUUUUAAAGUUGGGAGCAGUCUGUGUAUCUUUGUGAGAGAGAGUGGAUUUGUGUGUGUGUUUAUGAAAGAGAGGGAGACAGAGAGAGUGUGUGAGGGAGGAGAGUGUGUGUGUUAACUGAACAGUAGAAGGUUUCAUGCAGUGUUUUCCCCAUACUGCCACAAUGACAUUUUUUUUUGGACAUGCAGAUCAUUAUGCAUGUACUGUAUAUUCCUUCCUCCACAUUCAUCCAGCAAAAUCACAGGCAGGCCUUUGUAAAUAUGAGCAAAUUAGCCACUCUAUGCAUUAUUCUAUAAUAUUGAACACCGAGUAUACAAAACAUUAAGGACUCCUGCUCUUUCCAUUACAUAGACUAAGCAGGUGAAUCCAGGUGAAAGCUAUGAUCCCUUAUUGAUGUCACCUGUUAAAUCCACUUUAAAUCAGCGUAGAUGAAGGGGAGGAGACAGAUUAAAGAAAGAUUUUUAAGCCUUGAGACUAUUGAGACAUGGGUUGUGUAUCUUAAGACAUCUUGAGACAUACAGUGGCUUGCGAAAGUAUUCACCACCCUUGGCAUUUUACAACCUGGAAUUAAAAUGGAUUUUUGGGGGGUUUGUAUCAUUUGAUUUACACAACAUGCCUACCACUUUGAAGAUGCAAAAUAAGAAAGAACAAGAAAUAAGACAAAAAAAACAGAAAACUUGAGCGUGCAUAACUAUUCAUCCCCCCAAAGUCAAUACUUUUUAGAGCCAUCUUUUGCAGCAAUUACAACUGCAAGUCUCUUGGGGUAUGUCUCUAUAAGUUUGGCAUAUCUAGCCACUGGGAUUGUUGCCCAUUCUUCAAGGCAAAACUGCUCCAGCUCCUUCAAGUUGGAUGGGUUCCGCUGGUGUACAGCAAUCUUUAAGUCAUACCACAGAUUCUCAAUUGGAUUGAGGUCUGGGCUUUGACUAGGCCAUUCCAAGACAUUUAAAUGUUUCCCCUUAAACCACUUCAGUGUUGCUUUAGCAGUAUGCUUAGGGUCAUUGUCCUACUGGAAGGUGAACCUCCGUCCCAGUCUCAAAUCUUUGGAAGACUGAAACAGGUUUCCCCUCAAGAAUUUCCCUGUAUUUAGCGCCAUCCAUCAUUCCUUCAAUUCUGACCAGUUUCCCAGUCCCUGCCGAUGAAAAACAUGAUGGUGUUCUCGGGGUGAUGAGAGGUGUUGGGUUUGCGCCAGACAUAGCAUUUUCCUUGAUGGCCAAAAAGCUAAAUUUUAGUCUCAUCUGACCAGAGUACCUUCUUCCAUAUAUUUGGGGAGUCUCCCACAUGCCUAUUGGCGAACACCAAACGUGUUUGCUUAUUUUUUUCUUUAAGCAAUGGCUCUUCCAUAAAGCCCAGCUCGGUGGAGUGUACGGCUUAAAGUGGUCCUAUGGACAGAUACUCCAAUCUCCGCUGUGGAGCUUUGCAGCUCCUUCAGGGUUAUCUUUGGUCUCUUUGCUGCCUCUCUGAUUAAUGCCCUCCUUGCCUGGUCUGUGAGUUUUGGUGGGCGGCCCUCUCUUGGCAGGUUUGUUGUGGUGCCAUAUUCUUUCAAUUUUUUAAUAAUGGAUUUAAUGAUGCUCCGUGGGAUGUUCAAAGUUUCUGAUAUUUUUUUAUAACCCAACCCUGAUCUGUACUUCUGCCCAACUUUGUCCCUGACCUGUUUGGAGAGCUCCUUGGUCUUCAUGGUGCCACUUGCUUGGUGGUGGCCCUUGCCUAGUGGUGUUGCAGACUCUGGGGCCUUUCAGAACAGGUGUAUAUAUACUGAGAUCAUGUGACAGAUCAUGCGACACUUAGAUUUUAUUUAACUAAUUAUGUGACUUCUGAAGGUAAUUGGUUGCACCAUAUCUUAUUUAGGGGCUUCAUAGCAAAGGGGGUGAAUACAUAUGCACGCACCACUUUUCCGUUAUUUAUUUUUUAGAUUUUUUUUCUCUUUUUUUUCACUUCACCAAUUUGGACUAUUUUGUGUAUGUCCAUUACAUGAAAUCCAAAUAUAUAUAUUUUUAAAUAUAGGUUGAAAUGCAACAAAAUAGGAAAAACGCCAAGCGGGAUGAAUACUUUUGCAAUGCACUGUAAUGUUGAGUACUAACCGGUGACUGCAAUUCUGUGCAGUUUUAUUAGAGAAUACAUCUAAAUGUUACAACAAGUAUAUCCCCAAAAUAAAUUAUAGAUAAAUGGCCGGUGUAUGGCUGGUGCAUUUAUUGGUUGUUUUGUUUUAUUGAUCAGGGAUGCCAAUCUCACAGAGGUUGAGGGCUGACCUCUAUGCAUGGAUAGGCUGAUGAGGGAAGUUAUGACUGGAUGCUUGUAUCUGCUUUUUGUUUUUACAUGUGCUUUGAUAGUUAUUGUGUAAUGAACAUGGCCUAUUUCUCUUUUGUCAGGAUAUGAGGAUGGUGGACAUGUCAGCAACUCAACUCAAUCAAGGUAAGCUGUCACCCAGCAAAUAUAAGUGAGAAUGUUAAUUUCUUCCCAUGAAAACAGAGUCAUUAACUGAUUUGUUCUAUUUUCAGACUGGACAUACAAUAAAGCUUGGAUCCAAUCUGGUGUCAAACAUUAAGCCCUUAUGGACAGUAGGGACAGUGAGCUAAUCAUAAUUAAAGUACAAGAAAAUAGUAGGGUAGAUGUGGUAUUGUUAUUGAUGUUGCUGUAUAUUACAUUUUAUUUUCCUGAAGAUUUAGGAAGAGCAGCUCUGAGAUC